AUGCAAUGCCGCGCACGCGCAUUAGGUCUCCCCAGCCGGAUAACGUCGGCAGGGGGAGGAGAGUGAGCGGACCCUGAACCAGCGCGGAGAGACAUCGGCGUUGGAUACAGGUAAGUCAUUAAAAGGGUUUUAACCCCUUUAGCAACUUGGGGUGGGAGGGAGAGGGGACCUGUUAUUGUCUACUUGCACUUUUUCUCACAUUUAACUUUUUAACAAGUGUGCAGUAAAACGUGUAUAAUGCAAAAACUUAUAUAUCACUGUAAUUACUAUAACUGCAGUUUCGUUUUAACUCGUUCAGUACUGAUAUAUCAUCAAGUUAUUGGUCCUGAUGGCGUUUAUUCACUUUGUCCACAUAAAGUGACAGCUAUGUCUGCAGCCCUUGUUGCAGGGAGGAUGUUAUUUGUUGUAACACAGGAAGAAUCUCUCUACAAUCAUACACUGCACAUGGGACUGUGGAGCUUGAGUCUUAUCUACACCAGGCAACAGUAACACUGGGGUGAUGUAUGUAGUCAUUUGUAAUUUAGUGUCACAUAAAUAUGAACGGGGAAUCAGCUGCCUGAUUAAAAAAAAAGGCACAAUUAGAAUUUAGAUCUUUAGCAAUGCUAAUCUUUGUUACUACAGCUUCUGUGGGUUAGGUUUCUUCCAUGGGAAACGUAGUCACUGCAGCACAGACGAAUUGUAUAUAACAAAUGUUUUUGAAAUAUGUUCAUAAUUUUUAUAAUGAAAAUAAAAAUGAUAUAACUUGAUUUAUCUGACCUGCAUCCUGAGAGAGAGUGUGUGUUUUUCAUCGAGCAGGACAGCAUUCGUUUUAAGGCAGCCCUGCAUGUAAACAUUUUAAGAGAGGUCUAUUCUCCCUACCUUAAUAAAACGAUAAUUAUAAUGAAUUGACAAUGAAUAAUAAUAGGCUGUUGAGAUUCUCCACUUUUUGGAUGUUGUGUGGUUUCUUCCUCACAUCCACAGCCAAGCUAUGUUAUCUUUAGAGUUGUGUAUAUGUAUUUAUUUUUAACAUUUUAUUAAAAGAUGCAAUUACAGAAAAAAAUAAUGUAUUGUACACUGAUAUGAUAUAAGGUGUUUUCAUGAUUUGUAUCACAUAUAUUCCCCAGCAUUUGUGUCCCACACUUGCUGGGGGUGGCAUAUGAAUGGACUGACAGUGUAAAGACAGCAUGUCAUGGCAGAAGAUUGCUCAGCUUGUCCCCUAGCAGGGCCAGUUGUAUUGUGUGAAUAAUGAGAGGAAGGAUAGAUCAGUGUGUGUGUCACAUUAUUGCAGAGAUAAUAACACCGUAGGCUAAACCUAUUCCCACCAUACUGUGUCAAUUUUUCUUUACACUGAAAGACAGCCUAUAUUUUGUAUUUACAGUAAAUAGAUCUUUUUUUUCAAUCAGUGCCAAUCUUUGCCACAUAAUUCUAACAUGAUUGUAAUUUCAUUUUAUCAAGAAUUCAGUGAACGCUGGUGCCGAGAACUCAGUCAUUGUGUUCUGGGUAAAGAAUGGGUUCAGUAGGCACCUUAUCCGUAUCUUAUGUCAUUAAAGCACAUUAGGCUGGGGGGGGGCGUGGCUAACCGCCGAGAGGAAUGGACGUGUAACCCGUUCACUCCGGCAACACGGGUCGCAAUCUGACUCCAUCUAACGCAACACGGCGGCACAACUGCUUAAAAAACGAAGAUGGCACAGCAGAGAGGCAAGAAGUUUGCACACAAAGCGGAAAAAAUCAAUUUCUUUGGACACAAGUCGCACCAGGAACCGGAGGAGGCUCGGGCCUGGUCGCAAGAUGGCGGCUCCGCUACUGACAGCCCUGAGAACACAGCAGCAUUGCAGGAAAGUGAUCCUGACAUACUCACCAAGAGCUAUUUACAACAAGCUCUGGACACCCUGUCAAGCAAGCUAAUUACAUCGUGGCAACAUACAGCGGAUUCGCUGAGGAAGGACAUGCAAGAAUUAGGCAAGCGCACCUCCCACAUGGAGAACAAGAUGGCAGAAUUUGCUACAGCACACAAUGACAUAGCUUCUCAUGUGGAACAACUGGAACAAAAAUUACUGGCGGCGGAAAAUAAAAUAACUGACCUAGAGGAUCGCGCACGCAGGAAUAACCUGCGCAUUAGAGGGAUCCCGGAGGAUGUUGUGCCGGAGAACCUGCAGGCAUAUGUCAGAGGCGUGUUUAACGCUUAUGCUCCAGACAUACCAACCGACAUGUUACUCGUGGACCGAAUACACCGUCUGCCUAGACCACGGUUUCUACCAGAAACUGCACCGCGGGAUGUACUACUGCGAAUGCAUUAUUAUCAUAUCAAAGAGCUUAUACUCAAGUCAAGCAGAAAUAAAGCGACACCACUAGAAGGUUACCCAAAUCUGCUGAUUUUUGCAGAUCUAUCGGCGUCUACUCUUCGCAGAAGGAAAGAGUUCGCUCAGGUCGCCAACUCCGUGAGGGCUCAUGGCCUCAGAUUCCGAUGGGGCUUCCCUACCAAAAUGUUGGUGACGAAAGAUAACACCACCCAGGUUAUCACAUCACCUGAAGAUGGACUCCGUAAACUACAAUCCUGGGGAUUUAUGCACCAAAGACCGGAACCCCACACCCCACCUGCCAGGCGCAUCCCACUGGACUGGCACAAAGCAUGAACUGCUGGACAUACGCAAGUAUAAAUCUGCUUAUGCCUAGGCGCUUGCAAUGGACUCGAGGGCUGGGAAAAAUAUCCCAAGGUCUAUAUAUACUAAACAAAAAAAAAAAACAAAAAAAAAAAUGUUCAGGUUAACACGGAUUGGUUAUAACAAGUUAAAUUACCUAGCUCCUUAAGGUUACUUAAGCUGGCAAGCAAUACCUCCCCAUCAUUUAAUGGAAGUAUGGGGCUGAACAGAUCCCCCCUAGCAACCUGUAGCUUACGGGAGAGGCGAUGAGUUGCAGAGGACACACACAUUCUCUCCGUGUGCCUCAUCAAGAGCAUAAUGUGAGGGCAACACUGUUACACUGCUUAGUGAAAAAAAAAAAACACAAGCAUUGCUUAUAAUCAAUAGAUACUCAUUACCUCAACGAGCUCUCCCAGCUACUAGGGAGUAAGAUGCUGCCCUACUGGAUGCACUUACCAGCUGCUGAUUAUGAUGAAUAUAAGUGUAUAUAUAUAUAUGUAUUUACUAAUAUGCCGGACAAAAAUCUCUCCUAGUCCCAUUACCAUUUAUCCCUCUUCUCAAUAUAAUUGUACACACACCAAGAGCCUAUACGAUUCUUAGUACUUACUGCAUAGGUGGCCCGGUGCGACCGACCGUCUCCAAAGGUUAAGAGACAGCGGAAGACCCAUAGCCAUGACACGGAAACAUGCUAGUUUCCACCCCCACGGUACUUACCACCAGUACCAAGACACAUUUAUGUAUAUACUUUGUUUUUGUUUCUACCCGGUUUACACCUCCCCAAGUUUUUGACCCUAGUCCCGCAAAGAGAAGAAAGUCCAAGCCACUACCCAUACCAGCUAAGAUCACUAUUACCCACACAGGGGCACUCUUGCCUGAUAUAUGCACAAAUAACAAACACACCCGACUAGAAAAUACAAUCAGAAGUAAAUUAAAAACUCAGCGUCCAACCCAUAUAAUAGUACACUAUGAAAAUAUACUCACAUAACGUACGGGGACUGAACACCCCUCAUAAACGCAGAGUUCUGUUAGAGGAAACUAAGAGGGCUAAAGUAGAUAUUAUGUGCCUUCAGGAAACGCACUUUGUGCGGGGGAGAAUGGCAGAAUUUGGGAAACAAGACUAUCCAACGCAGUAUCAUACGACCUAUUCUUCCAAAACAAGGGGAGUGUCCUUUUUGUUUCACAAAUCGCUUACCUUUGAACUGCUAAAUAUUAAAACAGACGCACAAGGUCGGUACUUAAUACUCCACUGUCAAAUCAACAGAGCCAUAUAUACCUUAGUAGGCAUAUACAACCCUAACUCUAACCAGCGCAAUUUUUUGCAUAAAGUGCUGAGCAAAUUACCCCAUGAGCACAGAGCCGGCAUCAUAAUAUGUGGCGACAUGAAUCAUAUUCUCCAACCGACUAUAGACACGACAGUGUCGCCUAAUAUAGAUCCUUAAUACCACAAUGCAAAGCCAUCACCAAGCUCUUACUUGACCACAAUUUAUAUGACAUAUGGCGAACAAAUCACCCGAGUGACAAAAGUUACACUUUCCACUCCAAGGUGCACGGAACCCACUCCAGAAUAGACGUCAUAUUGGCGUCACGAGAUUUGGUGCCCUCCACAACACAGAGUAGCAUAGGGGACAUAGUGUGGUCGGACCACGCUCCGGUAACCCUCAUAACCCAGGAUGCUUACAAGCACAGAGGGAAAGCCCCGUGGCGAUUAAAUGACACCCUCCUAUACAACGACACCUUUCAAAAGGAAUUGGGGACUGAGAUAGAUAGAUAUUUCCAACUUAACAACCAACCUGACACAUCACCUACUACAUCUUGGCAGGCACAUAAGGCAGUGAUUAGAGGCCAGCUCAUUAGCAGAGCGUCCUUCCUAAACAGGACCUCUCAACAGGCGCGCCUCACACUACUGACCAAACUGCGUGACCUAAAAGCAGCCCAGUUGCUACACCCCACCCCCGACCUCGACAUUGAAAUAGAACAAACUACAAAUCAAUUAAAUGAUCUCCUACUUCAAAAAACAGCGCGCACUCUACAAACACUCAAACUGAAGCAUUACACCCAGGGAAACAGAGCGGGGAAAAAAUUAGCAUCUUUACUGAGGCAUCACCAAGCCCACGCCAAAAUACCAUAUUUACUCACUAGCACAGGAGAGAAAAUAUACAACCCCAUAGACAUUAAUGAAGAAACAGCAGCCUACUACCAAAACCUGUACAACCUAACAAAAGAUCCCCAAACACAUCAGCCAACACAAGUGGAAAUGGAUAACUUCCUCUCGCAGAUAAAAUUGCCAAAAUUAACACAACAACAGCAGGACUCCCUGAUAGAACCGAUCACACUGACAGAGUUACAGCAAACGAUUCGCUCACUCCCUUCGGGGAAGUCACCAGGGCCAGAUGGCUUCACGAACACUUACUACAAAGUUUUUUCGAACAUCCUGAGCCCCUACCUAGUACACACACUGAAUCAUAUUGUACACACAGGGAAGAUGCCAGUGGAAAUGCUAUUAGCACACAUAGCCACGCUACCAAAGCCAGGGAAACCACCCACGCAACCUAAAAAUUUAAGACCUAUUUCACUGUUAAACACAGAUACGAAACUAUUAGCCAAAAUAUACGCCAAUCGGGUAGCGGCCAUAAUCCCCUUUAUUACACACCCGGACCAAGUGGGAUUUGUAAGGGGGCGACAGGGGUCUGACGGGACUAGGAAGCUCCACAGCCUCCUCUAUAAUGGGACGCCUCUUGGAGAGCCCAGGGUCUUUAUGUCCCUGGACGCCGAGAAGGCGUUCGACAGACUACACUGGAACUUCCUGAGAACUGUCCUACAAAAAUUUGCAUUCCCACAACAAUUUCUAUCCCUACUCUUAGCACUAUACUCCAAGCCAUCAGCACAGGUGGCGAACGGUGGGUUCGUAUCCAAGCCGUUCCUUAUCACAAAUGGAACACGGCAAGGAUGCCCGCUCUCCCCGGCCUUAUACAUCCUUGCGUUAGAGCCAUUAGCCCAGGCAAUACGGGAUAACAACCAAAUCAGAGGUGUGGAAAUUAAAAAUAAAACAUACAAAAUAACGAUGUUUGCAGAUGACGUAAUGCUCUCCCUGUCUGACCCACUCACCUCUAUCUCAGAACUCCAGAAUCUGCUGCAACAGUACAGCAAUUGCUCAUAUUACAAAUUAAACAGUUCUAAAACGCAAGCAAUGAGUCUGCAUGCACCUGCAUUGCUGUAUACAGCCUUGCAACAGAAAUACCAUUAUGAAUGGAGACAAGACCACCUAACUUUCUUGGGUAUAAAAUUCACGAGACUAGAAAGGAACUUACAUCGGGAAAAUUACGGCAAACUCCUCACAUCCAUAAAACAGCAGCUAACGAAUUGGAAAGGGAAAUACAUAUCAUGGAUAGGUAGAAUAGCAGCAGUCAAAAUGAAAAUUCUCCCGAGACUGCAAUACAUGUUCCGUACGUUACAGAUUAGGCUCUCAAAACCAUUCCUACACGACGCACAAAAAUUGAUUAACACCUUUGUCUGGUCCCAUAAGAAACCCAGAAUAGCGGCAAAAAUCAUGUACCUCACAUAUAAAGGAGGGGGAAUGGGAUUACCACACAUAGCCACGUACUACAGAUCAGCUAUACUCGCACCGUUGGUCAACGAACUACACCAACAUGACAAACCAUCCCCUUGGGUAACGGUAGAGGCUGACCUAACUGGGGGGCAAAAAAUAACGCACCUAGCCUGGACACCGCCACAACUUAGAAAAAAAUAUAAAGAUAUGUCACCACUCACAGCUACAACAUUACGAGAAUGGGACAGAUUUAAUAAGGAACAAGGUUUUGAUGGGGGGCUCUCACCAGCCUUCCUCCUAGAUUCAUUUUAUGGACUGAUACCUUCAUUGAACAUAACGUCCUGGAGCAAUAGAGGUCUAAUAUACUUGCAUCAGUUGUUUGAUCAGGGAGAGAUCAUCCCCUUCAACCGACUGCAAAAUAAAUACCAAUUACCCAAUGCAGCAGCAUUUGCGCACAGACAGAUAAGCUCAUGGCUGCAGACAAAUAGAAAAGUACUGCCUGCAGCAAACAGGUGGAACACUUUCAAUGCAUUAGAAAGUCUCUGCACACAGACGAAGAGGCCACUCAAGCUAAUCUCUAUACUGUACAAUCGCCAUUAUAGUGUACCAGACCCGCAUACACUACAGUUUGUUAAAGCAUGGGAAGUUGAACUAGGAAAACAGUUAACAAAAGAGCAGUGGUCAUAUAUAUUGUGUGAGAAUAAAAAACUUACACUUAGCACAACCCAUCUGGAACUAGCCAGGAAAUUAUUAUAUCGCUGGUACUUAGUACCAACCCGACUGAAACAUAUGAUACCUAAGAAUACAGGACUGUGCUGGAGAUGCAAUAAAGCUCAAGGUUCCAUGCUACACAUUUGGUGGGAAUGCCCAAUCCUGACACCAUUGUGGACGGAAACACAGACCCUAAUUAAAAACAUUACAGGUGUAGCUCUCGCACACCCCCCCGAACAUUACCUCCUACAGUAUAUACCACCACGCCAUACAAAAUCAUCCCGAUACUUAAUAUAUCACAUUAUCUCGGCAGUUCUGUUGCAUAUCAGCAAACACUGGCAAAAGCAGACGAUCCCCAACAUACAGAGCUGCAUAACCCACAUUGAAACCAUAAAGAAGUAUGAGAUAAUGGCCAGGUCCAACAAUCCCCCCAAAAAAUUUUGGAAGGAGGCGUGGGAAAAAUGGGACACACGCCAACAGAUGCAGUGACAACUUAAACACUCUAAACACCUUUAUGUGGUAGCUCACAAGUCAAUGCUUUAAGGAAAGAGCACUAAGCAAACCUUCCUAAACCUUCUUUAACAUCACUCUUGACCAUAUGGAAGCCUGCACACACUACCCUCUCCUACUUAAGCUAGUUGCGUACACCGGUGCAAUUUAUUAAGGCCAACGAACAGGCCUAAAAGCUGGACUAAGCUAAGGGACCAAUACCUGCCCCCCUCCCCUCCUCUACCCCUCUUUUUUUUUAUACCCAGGUUAUGCCCCAAGUUUAUAUUCCCCUGUUCACUGGAAUAGUAGCUAGGUGUCAGGGAAGAUACGGGUUACUUUUACAACUGAGCAAUAACCGACACUGGUACAGCGAAGAGAAAACUCCUACCAUCACGACUAAUGGUCAAGAAGGAGAGCUACACAAUUAUGGGCACGACAGCAAUGCCAGGAUACUCUGUUUAAUGACAAUUUGUUUAACGAUGUACCUAUUAUACCACUAUUAUAUGUAUGCUUCAAACUGGCUCUCAUCAAGGCACAGAUAUGAUAGCUCAUUGUCAAUACAUGUUGCUCAAAAGUUGUACUCUCUAUGUUGUACUCAUGAAUGUAACUCGCAUACCGUGUAUACCUGUAAUACGACUGUGAAAUCUUAUAAAAUGCAAAUAAAAAAUAAAAAAAAUUAAAAAAAAAGCACAUUAGGCUGGAUAAUGGUUAAAUGAAAAGGGGCCACUGAUUGCGUAGCAUUUCUGAAAAGUCAUAUAGUAGUACCCUGUAAAGAUGGACAUAGACCAAAAGAUGCACACAAAUAAAAGUUGGCUGAGAACUUACUAAAAGCGUAGGUCCUGAGACAUGAUGUGUAUAAUAUAAUGCAAGAUAUGACUAGGUAUGCAUAUGUGUGCCUUGCAUUUUGAUAAGAAGAUGGCACAGCCAAUCAUUAGAAAAGGCAACAGGGAUUAAAUUGGUUUUGUAUUUACCUGCUGCUUUAAACAUAGAAAUGUAAAUGUCUUUUUCUGUGACAAGUCACUUUUUAGGCUGCAAAAAUCUAUACUAAUUAUAACCGCUAUUUGGUAUGAUUAUAAAACAUCCCAAACCCCUGACACAAUUGAUAUGUUUAUAAAAUAUAUUCAUCUUUUAUUAAAAGUAAGCAGCAUAUCUUUGGUUUAGAGCAUUAGUUCCCAAACUUUUUAGGACAGCCACUAGAGGAGGACUUAACUCUGCAAGGUAAUUAUUGCAGUUUAUAAAAGCUGCAAUAAUUACACUUGCAGGUUUAAGGAUGAUGGGAGUUAGCACCCAGACCACUCGAAGUCAAAACAAUUUUCUAGGUUGUAUGUGUGUGUGUGUGUGUGUAUGGUGGAGCAGUGUGUGUGUAUGUAUGUGUGUGUGUAUGUGUGUAUAUAUAUAUAUAUAUAUAUAUAUAUAUAUAUAUAUAUAUAUAUAUAUAUAUAUAUAUAUAUAUAUAUAUAUAUAAUGGAGUUAUUGUGUGGUGUGGGGGUAGGAGGGCAAAUUAAUAAAUUAUAUACUUUAUUUUUUUUAAAUUAAAAAUAAAAAUGAUAUCCCCCCUCCCUACUUACCUUUGCCUGGGAGGAGGGACAUUUCCUGCAAUUCCUGGUUGUCCACUGGGGAUGCCUUGGUCUCUUAUCUUGUGUCUUCCAUAUCACGAGACCAACUGGACUACUAUAAACAGAGAAGAGACCCCAUCACCAAAAGCACCUUAAAAGACAUCUAUUGCCACAGUGCAACUUCUAAAUCCUUUUGGACUAUUUUCUAUAUUUUAUUUUAUUUUGCACUUUUAUAUAAGUCUUAUUUAUAUGCCUUUUUACUAUCCGCAGUCCACAUUGAUACAUUUUGGCACAGCCUUGCAUUACUGUUGUGUUAAAACACAGUCUUUCCACUCUGUAAUUGCCUUUUCUUUUUACUAUAACAUUUCCCCCCAUCUUGCUUACCUCCUUGGCAGGAAGGGGACAAGGAUACAUACCCUGGUGGAGUCCAUGGUGGUUCAAUGGGCUCCUAGAGCUGCCAAAGGAUUUCCAGCUGUGAUGUGACGCCACCUUCAAGUGGUGCCUAAGGCAUGUGCUAUGCGUGCCGUACCCCUAGGUACACCACUACUUCUACCUGCUUUGCUGCAGUUGUGGCACAUCUUGUUAUAUAAAAGUAAUACUGCAUAAUAGGAAGAACUUAUGGAUAAUUCUGUAUGAUGUCAGAAAAACCUGCAACCAAUGAGAUAAAGUGUUCUUGUUGAAUCUGUUAGUUGUCAAUGUCUCCCAGGUUAAAUUGUUACUCCAAGUACCAUGAUCAUUUCCAUGACUUGAAAAUGCACUUUACUGCCUGUGUAACUCCACUUGCAGCUUCCUUUCUGAGCCCUGUACAAAAGUUCCAGGCUGACUAAUGCUAUCAGGUGUUUGUUGUCUGCACAUGUAGCAUGCUAGCGACAGAUGUUUUUUUUUUUUUUUUUAUGCUUUCUUCUUUUUCAUCACAGCGACUAUGCCAGCACCGCAAGGCUUAGUUCAGAAAAACUAACGGAAACAGUUUGUGUAGGCAGAGAGAGACUUUCUGUGCUGUAGUGGUCCUGGUGCACUAUAGUGGUUGUGGUGCUUGGAUUAUUCCUUUUAAGGGGCUAGAAAAAACUAUUUUAAAUACAAUUCUAUAAUCUGACAUAUGAAACAUUACACAAUUAAACAUGUUAGUCUCUAUUAACAUUCUGUAAGAAUUUCACACUUUUUAAAAUAUAUUUAUUUUAUUUUUUAUCAACACAAAUAUUUUCCCUUAUUUCAAAGAAUAAUUGAGAGAAUAAGAAUAAAAGAGAUUACACUAGCCAAAAGUGCUGCAAUGUUAAACAUUGUAGUUCCAGAGAAACUGCAAUGUUUACAUUGCAGCUCUGUCUGCCUCCAGUGGCUGUUUAUCAGCGACCCACUAGAACAGGGGUUUUCAACGUUAGUCCUCAGGACCCCCUACCAGUCCAGGGUUUAGGGAUUACCUGGGUGUGUCUAAGGUGUUUAGAAAAAAAAAAAAAAAAACACCUUAGAGUCUAAGGUGUUUUUUUCCCCCCUUUUUCUAAACACCUUAGACACACCCAGGUAAUCCCCAAAUCCUGGACUGGUAGGGGGUCCCGAGGACUGGGUUGAGAACCCCUGCACUAGAAGGCUUCCUGAAUCAAAACGGAUUUUUGGUCGAGUAUCUGGCACUAAACAUCCUCACGCUCUGCAUGAGGACAUUCAGCGUCAGAUUUUUUAUUUGCCGCACAUGCACAUUAGUGGCCACUCGUCGGAGGGGGCAGAGAGUCACCCCAGCGCCGAGAGACGUCGGUGCUGGGAUUAGAUAAGUAAAUAAAGGGUUUUUAACCCUUUAUUUAUCAGGGAGGAGGGGAGCGAGGGAAGGGGGAGUGAUAGUGCCAGGAAUACAGCUUUGUAUUUCUGGCACUAUAGUAUCCCUUUAAGUUAGCUUGUAUAGUUUAAAUGGACAAGUACAUGUAGCUCAAUGAGCUAUUGAUGACUAGGGCAUGUCCUAUAUUUGAGUGUCUUCCCUUCUUUACAUUUUAUAAAUCCCUAGGAAUAGAACUAUACCAUUUUAUAAACUGUUUGCAUAUCAUGUAGACCCCAAACUAUUUUACCCCAAAACUUCUUUGCCUAGAGAGGAAGAAAACAAAGUAAAAUAAAUAAAAUCGAUUUUAGAAAACAAAGUUUGGACUGUGCAUCUUUUUGUUUUAUUUUUUUUAAUUUUAGAUCCAAAUCUCUUAAAUUUGCAGUUGUUUUUACUAUAUUUAUGCAUUUAACUAGUUAUUUUCUCUUUGCAGUGGAUGUACCUCCAUGGAGGAAGAAGACGACUGUCCAGAGCUUGUCCCUAUAGCUAAUAUUCAACAAAGUGGUCAGUCUGGGGAUAAAAUACCAGUCACCAUCAUCACAGGUUACCUUGGUAAGUAAAAUCAAGUAUAAAGUGUGUGUAUAUAUAUAUAUAUAUAUUUUUUUUUUUUUUUUCCCUUCAUGUUAUUAUGCCUAUUAUAAUACUGACAUGUGGAGGAGAGUUAAAGGAAGACUAGAAGCACCAUAACCACUACAAGGGCUAUAGUGGGUACAAUGCCAGGAGUGCCCUAGCACCACCCCAUUGUAAGUAGUCGAACAAUUUUUAGAAGGUACACUGCUCCCUGCCCUCACUACUUCCUAUGGGGGGCUGGAAGCUAUUUUUUAAUUUUUUUUUUCUACCCAGAGGUUGUAUAGUGUUCGAAAUUAUAUUCCUGUAAAUGUAUUAAUCUAUACAUUUGCUGGCAGAUGACUAUAAUUAUUUAUUUUUAUGUAAAUAACAUUGUGUGGCCUUCCAUAUUAUUCUGAAACAAGCACAUAUUUGUUUAUUAAACCCUAGUAUACAUUAAAAAGACAAAAACAAACAUGCUGUAAACGAGACAGUUCUUAAUGAAUAGGCAUGACUACCUAUUUGCUUUUGUGUAGCAACUCUGCCCUCUAGUGGAGAAAAGGUGCAGCACUCAUAAAAAUUACCUCUCUUACCUGUUUAUUUUGUCUUCCCCUGACUAGGAUGUUAUUUAUUUAUUAUUUUAAGUCUUCUUUUCUUUUUUUCCUUUUAUUUACAUUGAGGGGCCACUUAAGGUGCAGUGGUCCUUUUAUGUUUAACCCUUCAAAGUAAAAGAUCCCCAUUUUGUAGAAAUGGUAAUAUUUACCUUGAAGAGUCAAAUACACCUCUAGAGGCUUUCAUACUGACAGCCACUAGAGGUGCUUCUGCUGUACUGACCAACUAAAACUCAAAUAACAUUGCAGUUCUUGGAUUCAGUGCUUUCCUAUGAGAAGCUCUGCACAUAUGCAUUAGGAACAAAGUACUCCUCUAUGAGAAGCAUUGAAUAGGACCAUUGCCAGAGCGGCCAUGCCAUCUCUGUGAUGAUGUGGGAGGCAGAAGUGACUAGCACCAAGGGAGUCUUUGUGCUGGAAAAGGAAAGUAAAUAGUUUUCUUCAUUUUGUUGGAAAAACUGUGUGGAUGCAGGUUUAUAUUCCUAAUACUAUAGUGUUCCUUUAACCAUGUGAAAACUGUUGAUGAAGUGUGGGGCACCAACAGGGACUUUCCAGACUGAAGACAUACUCCAUUCAAAACAACAAGCCUCCUAAGAGCCCCGAACCUGGUCCCUCUCAGAUCCCACCAUUUUACACCUGCAAUAUAUGCGUCUUGACAUAAUUGGAUGUAUACAUAAAGACACAAACACACACAAAUAUCUGUUCCUAACUAAAUAGUGUCCCUGUCCCUGCUUGUAGUAAGCCCUCCCACCAGGUACACUAAAAUGAAAAAAAAAACAAGCUUUACUUAUCUUUUUCAUUGAGAUGAAGUGGUCUGGGUGACUAUAGUGCCUUUUAAUAUUAAGAUCAUGGUUGUAUGAUGUUUCACUAUGCUUGUGUCUAUGAAUACACCAUGUAUCAAGCUUUAACAAAUGAAUGAAAAAUAUUUAUAUUUAUUUUAUACUUGAUUAUAUAUAUAUUUUAGGUGCCGGGAAAACAACCCUUUUAAACUAUAUUUUGACUGAACAACACAACAAGAGGAUUGCCGUAAUUGUCAAUGAAUUUGGAGAAGGUACUAUCAUUUUUUAGGACAUUGCUCUGCACUAAUUUAGUAAUCCAUAAAUAAGAAUCAGAUAAGAACAAGCAUUUUUUUUGCACCUAACAAGUGUGUAAAAAUUAGGCCUUUAUACAUAUAUAUGGUUACUCCUGUUAUGCCUAGCAAUUCCUUAUAGAAAUCAAGAGGAUGUACAAGGAAAUGAAUAGUACACGCAAAACUAAAAUCAGAUUAUAAAAACAAGCAUCAGUGUGACUUUAUCGUUCAUCUGCCAAUAACUUCUGUUGCUUUAUUUUGAGAAAGCAAUGGAUAUGUGAGGGUUAUAUGCUGUGUCUGUGGGCACUUGUGCUGUGAUCCUGAACUUCCUGACUUGUGUGUUUAUACAUAUAUAGUACAUAGUCAUUUUUUACAAUGUUUAGAGUUACGGUCUACAAUGUCAUGUAUUGGACUUGCUGAAGGCACUUGUUAAACGCACUUCAGGGAAACUUCCUGGUAUCACUUGUACUUACCAGUGAACUUCACCAGGGUGUGUUUAUCUUGUUACAGAGCUCAAAUAUUUUUUCAGAUCUUUAAUGUGCAUAAACACACAAAUCACUGAAUAGGUAAAAUUCUCCCAGUUAGUUAUGGAUUUAGUGUGUCUAUUUUGGCCUCAAAUUGAAAAUCCCCUUUGAAUUCCCAGUAAUUCAAAGUGAAUAGCUGUGCCAAAAUAAAUGGCUUUUCCCAGUCCUGCAAUGCAAAGUUUACAGAUUUAUGGAAAUGCUUUGGAUUACCCUAUUGGUGCUUUGUUGUCAAAACAGAACAUUCAAUAACAACCCCAAAACACGAAGUGUUACUUUUCGCUCUUUCCUACACCUAGCUGUUUAACAUGGGGUGUACUCCCCUCUGUCUGGGAAUACUAGGUCUUUUCUGCAAUUUGUAGGUUGGAAAAACAGAAGUUAGGAUUUCUGCUGUGGUGAUAUUGUAGAUAUUUAUCAAAGCUAUUUACUAAAGUGUGAAUUGUCAAGCAUUCAGAGUGAAUUCAAAGUAUAUUUCAAAUUUAAGGCCAGAUUUACCAACCUGGAAACAUAAUGUACUUCCCUUUUUACUAAUUGUAAUCGCUUUAUUAAUAUAACAAAUCUUUUUUGAUAAUUUUAGUAUUCUGUGAAUCUGUUUGAAUUCUUUGAUUUAAGUGCAGAUCACGUUUAGAGUUGGGAAAUGCUUUUUGUAUCCAUUACACAUUGGAUUAAAAUAGUUGGCAUGAUAAAAAGAUAAUGAACGCCCUCUUUUGUGCCUCACAGGAAGUGCUGUGGAGAAGUCUUUAUCAAUCAGUCAAUCUGGUGAGCUGUAUGAAGAAUGGCUGGAACUGAGGAAUGGCUGCCUAUGCUGCUCAGUAAAGUAAGGGACCUGCCACCUGUCCUUGCUCCUCAAAUCUCCCGCUGCAAAACUGGGGUGUCAGUUCACAUUUGGGAAAACACUCAUAUUGCUCUGAUUUACAGUGUUGCUGUAUCACCUUUGUCCCCACCAUGACAGCAUUCCUUAAAAUGUAUGGCUAAUGCUCCAGACAACUGUAGCAAGAAGCAUAGAUACUAUCGACAUUCAGGCUUGGUGUCGUUAGUUACAUGACUUGAACACCUUAAUUCUAUCACAAUAUAAAAAUAAAAAAAGUAUCAAUAUCAUAUUGGGGGUAAAAGCCUGCUGUAGUGAUGAGGGUGCAAUCAGUUCCUUGGUACCAUUCCAGGUUAUCCAUGUUUUCAAAGUGUAUGACACUUAACUGGGUUUUACUCGCCUUUUUUCCAGUCUCCAUUUUUGCUAUAUUUAAAUGCGGGAGUUCCUUUUCUGCAAAAGAUACAUCCAUUAUGUCCACUGGCUUUCAGACAAUGCUUUCCGUCCACAUGCAUGUAAUGCUAAAAAAAGGGCAUGUCCGUAUUAAUGCUGUCAGAAAAUGGGACUACACUGAAGAGCUCAGGGGAUCCAACAAAGGCCUUGAUAUGAAAUAGUUUAAUAUUUUUAGAUAAACUUUUAAAAUUAUUUAAUAUUUUGAAAAAUAUUGUAAUAUAUUGAAAUUUUUAUUAUAUUGAUUUUUAUAUAUAUAUAUUGAAAAAGGCUUGCAGUCACUGUCUUUUUUUCUUUUAAAAGGUUCCUUUAUUUCAUUCCUUUAAAAUACGAUCGACGUUUCAGCCAACAUCCAUGGCUUUCAUUAGGAUCAAUACAGCACCAAUAUACAUUAUAACUAACAGGCUUAUAUAGCUAAACAAACUAAUAAAUCACUCACCACCUGUAUUGCUAUCACUCCUCCUCUGCAUCUCUCAAUUGCAUCUGCACAUGCGCAAGCAUGCCGCUACCUGGAAGUAGCAUACUGACGUAACCAUUCGUUGCCAGGGUUACCCGAUGCUCAUCCAGGCUCCCUGGCAACCUGAUAAACAAAGUCAGUCUGUGCGCCGGUCAUUUAACUUACAUGCAGCCACACAAAUCAAACAUACCUAAUCAUGAGGACAUUUAAAACUUUAAAAACACAACCAUUGCUAUUAACUAAGUAGAGGUCUUUCCUGUUCAAGAUUCUUCCUUGUUUCAUGAUUUCAGACCAAAACUCAAAAACCUGUAGCAGAUAUACAUAUUUCCAAGUCAUUCUAAAAACUUAUUCUGCCGAUGUCUUUUUAGCCAUAUUUAAAGUGACAUUUCCAUUUCUUGCACUUAAAUGCUAUACUGUGUAUUUUAUUGUAAAGUGACUUUGUGUUUCUUAUGUACAAUAAAGUGCAAAGUGACUCCCAUUCUAUAUUUACAUAAGUACAGUAAAAGUACUGUUUUUUUCUUAAAGUGAUGCUCUUGCUUUUAUAUACAUUAAAGUGCUGAAAAGUGAUUUGUGUGUACAAUAAAGUGCUUUUUUAUCUCUUAAAGUGACACCAUUGCUUAUUAUUUAUAUAUACAUUAAAGUGCUUUACUAUAUUUUUAAAGUGACCCGUUUACUGUUAUAUACAUGAAAGUGCUAAAACUGUUGUAUCUACCCUUAUUAAUUGUUCUAUUCAUACUUAAUUUAGCUAUCUUCCUCUUUGUAUAUCCAUGCUAGAAUAUUUUUAAAGUGAAACGGGUGCACUUAUUUACAUUAAAGUGCUAAGUAGUGAAUUAUGUUUCUAUAUACAUUAAAGUGCAUAAAAUGAUAUGUCUCUAUACAUAAUACAUAAUAUGUACUUGGAUUAAACUGUUAUUACUACAUGCAGUACCAUUCUCCAUAGGUCCAUAUAUAUAUAUCCUAAUCUAUUCUCCAACACUAGCGUUAUGAUAUAGAUAUAAAUCAUACUCAAAGUAUAACCCUCCUCUAAGUCUAGUAACAGUGUUUCUAAUAAAAUUAUCUAUAACUCUGAGGGGCCAGUUCAUUCCCGUGAAGAUUCUCAUAUAAAUGGAUGGUAUAUCAUUUCAUUUAGUCCUCUGGGUGCAACUGUACCCAAUUCCUACAUCCAAAAUUUUUCUCGUCUCAAUAAUGCAUUGCCUCUAUCUCCUCCCCUUGUGGAUCGUGGUACACAAUCUAUUGCGACAAAUUUUAACGUUGUCAGAGGGUGUUUGUACUCUAAGAAAUGUUUUGCCACCGGUUUAUCCGUAUGUCCAUCUCUAUACGCCGUCCUUAUAUUAGAUCUAUGCCCCCUGAUCUGGUCACAUAGUUGUCUCGUUUUUCCCUAUAUAGACUAAACCACAAGAGCAUGAUAUUUUGUAAAUAACAAAGGUUGUUCUGCAUGUGAUGGUGUAUCGUAUAUUAUAGAUCUUAUUUUUGUGUGGGUGAUUGAAAUUUUGUGAUGGAACCAUGUGGCCACACAUUACACACCCCCUCACUUGUGUUUUCUUUUGUUCAAAAUAACUCUCUUCCGGAUCAGUUCUCAUUAAUAUAUCCUUCAGAUUCCUAUUCCUUAGAUAACAAAUCCUCGGUGGUUCUUUAAAUUCCAUUGGUAAACUAUCAUCCUAUGCUAACAUAUUCAAAUUACUCUUCACGAUAUAGGAUAUUCCCUGUGAUUUGUUAUGAAAUGUCAUGGGAAACUAUUUUCAAUACAACACCAUGCACGGAAAUAUCAGAAACGCCUUCUGUUGUUGUCCACAGAUGCAGAGAAAGCAUUCGACCGGGUCAACUGGGAAUACAUGUUCCGAACACUACGGUGGAUGGGCUUCGGGCAGAGAGUUAUGGCUUGGAUUACAGCUCUGUAUAGCACACCGAAAGCAGCAGUCCGCGUUAAUGGGGGGCUUACUACAAGCUUUGGAAUUGCAAAUGGGACCAGACAGGGAUGUCCCCUGUCCCCACUCCUAUUUGCACUCUCCCUGGAGCCGUUCCUACAAGCUAUACGAGACAACCACGACAUCCGGGGCUACCUGUGUCAAGACGUAGAACACAAGGUGGCCGCGUAUGCGGAUGAUCUUCUAUUUUUUGUUUCCCAGCCCCGAACCACACUGCCAUGUUUACUAUCCGAGAUAGACAGGUUUGGUCGACUAUCAGGGUUUAAACUCAACUUGGCGAAAUGUGAAACAUUGAACGUCACCAUACCCGCGGAGGAAUAUAACACCCUUAGCCUACUUUUUCCGUUUCGUUGGUGUACAGGGGCUAUGAAAUAUCUCGGCAUCUGGAUCCCCAUGAAUCCCCAAGACAUCUACCAACGUAACUUCGUGACACUAUUACGAACCAUUGAAACAGACUUGGCUCGGUGGUCCUACCCACACAUCACCUGGCACGGCCGCAUUGCGGUCCUUAAAAUGAAUAUCCUCCCUAGGGUCCUCUACCUGUUUCAGACUAUACCAACAGCCCUACCGACCUCAUUCUUCUCGACACUGAAAUCAGCAGUCAUAAAAUAUGUUUGGAGGGGGGACCGCUCCAGGCUGCGACACGACAUACUCUGUAUGCCUCGACAUAGGGGUGGUCUGGCUUUACCAGAUUUUAGGAAAUACCAUCAAGCGGCGACAUUACAACGAAUCCUUGAGUGGCAUGAACUGGACACUACCAAACAAUGGGUUGCACUGGACCGAGAGGGAGAAGCGGCAAAAUUAAAAGCGAUGGUAUGGAUGCGACGAACAACCAGAGGCAGUAGAAGGAACGAGGAAGGACCCGUAGCACAGACGCUACUUUCCUGGGAAAACGUUAGGGAGCUGCCACAAGUUUCCCCAUCCCCCUGCCCCCUACUUCCGAUCCCGCACAACCCUAAUAUCGGGGGCGGAACGCCAACUGAAGCCUGGACAUUCCUAGGCGACACAGACUAUAUACCGAUAUGCAAGGUCACACAGGACGGCAACCUGAAGACUUUAGACGCGCUUCUGGAGGCGCGACCACGAUCUCCAAUGGCGACCUUUAGGUACAUGCAACUACAACACUACUACAACUCCCUCCCACACCGGGAAAAAUUACAUAGAGACCUGACGUGGUUUGAAGCCCUAUGUCACCGAGGCGCAUCACUUGGAAAAGCCAUCUCGCUCCUUUACCAACACUUACUCAUCAACCCGACCUCCGAAAAUGACACUUUCAAACACCGCUGGGAACGAGCCAUGGACACAACAUUUACUACCGCGCAAUGGGACAAAGCCUUGAUUUGGCAACAUAAGAGCUCCUCUAGCUCCCGAUAUCAGGAGGUGAACUAUAAGAUACUUUCCAUGUGGUAUAGAACCCCAGUACUGCUCCACCAAAUAUUCCCCGAUGCCACUCCAACGUGCUGGAGAUGCCAGGACGAGAGGGGGACUCUCCUACACAUAUGGUGGGAGUGCACACAUAUCGUCCCAUUCUGGGACCAAAUCAAAACCGACAUUCAACAGAUUCUGGGGAAUGACGUGGCUUGGUCAAAGGAAUUACUUUUAUUACACAUCUCACAGCACUCACUAUCCGCAUAUAAAAAAUCCAUCUUACGUCAUCUACUGAACGCUGCAAAAGCACUCAUACCCGUAUACUGGAAGAAAUUAGACAUCCCCACUCGGGAGGAAUGGAUCCACAGAGUGGAAGACAUCAGAGCAGCCGAAGCCCUGCAGGCUGAACAGACGGGCAGGGGGGUGAGAUGCGCGGAGCUUUGGGCUCCGUGGUUCACAUUCCGCGCGCAGCGAUAGGGGGGUGCUGGUGGGGAGCCGGGGCUGACCGAAAACACGGGUCCCGUGGCCUGCUUUCACACAAGACGCAUCCAACAUUGUCCCCUUAUGGGUAACAAGCACUGACGACAUGUCCCAUGUCCCCUCCAUGCGAACGGGGAAGAUGAAGGGACACAACUCGACAAGACAAACAGACGACCCCACAGACGCGCAUGAGACACAUUCACGAACAGGAAUGACUCCCACGACUGAAUGGGAUACCACUGCUUGUACCUAUAAAGGGGGGAAGAGGAACACCAUGCUUACACAUUGGUCCCUAGGAUCGUAUGUCAUACCACCCCCGCAGAUUAAAAGUGAUAGGGCCGACAGAAACCGACAUUUACAACACAAAAAAAAAUAAAAAAAUUUGAAGGACAACUGACGAACACUCCACAGCCCGAACCAGAACUUACCUUGACCCGAAACAAUAUAACUCAAGAGGUUAACCAUGACACCGGAAGGACAUAUGACGGGAACAGAACUGGUAAACCGGUAUCUAGUCUAUGAACGUGUACGGCGGCAGGAGGAUUCCACACCCCCCUCCCCACACAUGCUCCCACACGCGUUACCCCCUUACCCCCCUCCCGGACUUCUCAUACCCACCCACCCCACCCACAUAGGGCACCCAGGCCCUCACAACUAAAAAUCCCCCAUGCAACGCUGUUGAGUUGGGCCUGCGUGCCCAUAAUAUGCUCCACUGGCUUGAUAAAACUCUAAAUAAACAGAUUAACAAAAAAAAAAAGAAAUGUCAUGGGAAAGACCAAUUUUGGGUUUGUAGUAGUGUCUUGCGUCGUGGUCGCCUUUUUCUUUGCUUCCUCCAAUGCUCCAUUUAAGACUCUUUCACUAUACCCUUAUAGUAUUAUAAAAUACUUCCAUUUUAUAGAUGACAUCUUGAUAAUAUGGGGUAGUACCACAGUACAGGCUCAUGAAAUGGUGGAAUACAUUAACCAACUACCGACACCGGUACGGAUGACCACCAACGUAAGCACAGAGAAAGUUAAAUUCUUGGACGUGGAAUUAUCAGUGGAAGAACAUAAAGUUGUCUAUAGCCUCUACUCCAAGCCCACGGACAGGAACACAAUACUACACUACACCAGCGCCCACCCAACCAGUUUGAAAAAUUCCAUGCCUCGAGCACAAUUCCUCAGGGUUAUGAGAAAUAAUUCAAAAGAAAUAGUGAAACAGCAACAAAUACUUGAAAUGAAGAUGAAAUUUCUGGAAAGAGGGUAUAGUGAAAGAGUCUUAAAUAGAGCGUUGGAGGGAGCAAAGAAAAAAGCGACCACGCCGCAAGACACUACUACAAACCCAAAAUUGGUCUUUCCCAUGACAAAACAAAUCACAGAGAAUAUCCAAUAUCGUGAAGAGUAAUUGGAAUAUGUUAGCAUGGGAUGAUAGUUUACCAAUGGAAUUUAAAGAACCACCGAGGAUUUGUUAUCAGAGGAAUAGGAAUCUGAAGGAUAUAUUAAUGAGAACUGAUCCGGAAGAGAGUUAUACUGAACAAAAGAAAACACAAGUGAGGGGGUGUGUACGCUGCUUAGGGUGCGUAUGUGUGGCCACAUGGUUCCAUCACGAAAUUUCAAUCACCCACACAAAAAUAAGAUCUAUAAUAUACGAUACACCAUCACAUGCAGAACAACCUUUGUUAUUUUCAAAAUAUCAUGCCCUUGUGGUUUAGUCUACAUAGGGAAAACCGAGACACAACCAUGUGACCGGAUCAGGGAGCAUACAUCUAAUAUAAGGACGGCGUAUAGAGAUGGACAUACGGAUAAACCGGUGGCGAAACAUUUCUUAGAGUACAAACACCCUCUGGCAACGUUAAAAUUUGUCGCAAUAGAUUGUGUACCACGAUCCAGAAGGGGAGGAGAUAGAGGCAAUGCAUUAUUGAGACGAGAAACAUUUUGGAUACAGGAAUUGGGUACAUUUGCACCCAGAGGACUAAAUGAAAUGAUAUCGUACCCUCCAUUUAAAUGAGAAUCUUCACGGGAAUGAACUGGCCCCUCAGAGUUAUAGAUAAUUUUAUUAGAAACACUGUUACUAGACUUAGAGGAGGGUUAUACUUUGAGUAUAAUAUGAUUUAUAUCUAUAUCAUAACGCUAGUGUUGGAGAAUAGAUUAGGAUAUAUAUAUAUGGACCUAUGGAGAAUGGUACUACAUGUAGUAAUAACAGUUUAAUCCAAGUACAUAUUAUGUAUUAUGUAUAGAGACAUAUAAUUUUAUGCACUUUAAUGUAUAUAGAAACAUAAUUCACUACUUAGCAUUUUAAUGUAAAUAAGAGCACCCGUUUCACUUUAAAAAUAUUCUAGAAUGGAUAGACAAAGAGGAAGAUAGCUAAAUUAAGUAUGAAUAGAACAAUUAAUAAGGGUAGAUACAACACUUUUAGCACUUUCAUGUAUAUAACAGUAAACGUGUCACUUUAAAAAUAUAGUAAAGCACUUUAAUGUAUAUAUAAAUAAUAAGCAAUGGUGUCACUUUAAGAGAUAAAAAAGCACUUUAUUGUACACACAAAUCACUUUUCAGCACUUUAAUGUAUAUAAAAGCAAGAGCAUCACUUUAAGAAAAAAACAGUACUUUUACUGUACUUAUGUAUAUAUAGAAUGGGAGUCACUUUGCACUUUAUUGCUUUAUUGUACAUAAGAAACACAAAGUCACUUUACAAUAAAAUACGCAAGAAAUGGAAAUGUCACUUUAAAUAUGGCUGAAAAGACAUCGGCAGAAUAAGUUUUUAGAAUGACUUGGAAAUAUGUAUAUCUGCUAUAGGUUUUUGAGUUUUGGUCUGAAAUCAUGAAACAAGGAAGAAUCUUGAACAGGAAAGACCUCUAAUUAGUUAAUAGCAAUGGUUGUGUUUUUAAAGUUUUAAAUGUCCUCAUGAUUAGGUAUGUUUGAUUUGUGUGGCUGCAUGUAAGUUAAAUGACCGGCGCACAGACUGACUUUGUUUAUCAGGUUGCCAGGGAGCCUGGAUGAGCAUCGGGUAACCCUGGCAACGAAUGGUUACGUCAGUAUGCUACUUCCGGGUAGCGGCAUGCUUGCGCAUGUGCAGAUGCAAUUGAGAGAUGCAGAGGAGGAGUGAUAGCAAUACAGGUGGUGAGUGAUUUAUUAGUUUGUUUAGCUAUAUAAGCCUGUUAGUUAUAAUGUAUAUUGGUACUGUAUUGAUCCAGAUGAAAGCCACGGAUGUUGGCUGAAAUGUCGAUCGUAUUUUAAAGGAAUGAAAUAAAGGAACCUUUUAAAAGAAAAAAGACAGUGAGUGCAAGCCUUUUUCAAUACUUAUAUGUUAAUCUAUGGCAUUGGCUAAAGUGCACCCGGCAUUUUGAAAGUUAAAGUAUGUGUGCAAGGACACAGAGAAACAAUAUAAAUAUAUAUAUAUAUAUGUGUCUUUUUUUAUACUUUAAUUUUUUGAAAAAAAUAAUUUGAAAAGUGAAUCUAAAAUAUUAAAUUGAAGCUUAAAUAUCAAAUAUAAUAACACAGGUGACUGCUUACCAGGUGAGGUUGCCAGGGAACUCCUAGCAGGAAAGCUAGUACAGUGGGAUGUAAUGAUUGCCCUUUUAAAACUCACAGGGACUUUUCUCAGUGUUGUAAACCUGUUUUUAUUUUUUACUCUCAAGUGCAUAGCACUAUACAAUUGAUUUGGCACAAAACCUAUUUUAAGUAUAUUUAUUAAUUGGCAUUUGACUUAUAAAAAUGCCUACCUGUUAUCCCAGAACAUCAAAGGGGGCUGCUACCUUAUCUCAUGUUUCUAUUUGUUGCAGGGAUAAGGGCUUGAAAGCCAUUGAGAAUUUAAUGCAGAAGAAAGGAAAGUUUGACUAUAUAUUGCUGGAAACUUCAGGCCUAGCUGAUCCAGGUAAAAUUCUGCUACUUCUAAAUCACUACUGUUUAUUUUUCUACUGCUUUUUACACUGUUAAGCAUCAUCUUCAUAUUAAUACACUUCUUAAAGGGUUACUUCAACCACCACGAUCGCUACAGUCAUAUGCAGUGUUUGCUUGAAACACUGCUCGUACAGAGUUAUUUGCACACGUGGCAUUAGCAGGCUGGAACUCCAAAUUGUUCCAGACUGCCAAAUGUCAAUUCUGUGCAUAAAAUACCUCUGGCUCUGCCUUCAAGGGAAAGCGUUUUUCUCCCCUCCUUCUUGUCCCUCCCUUAGCUGAGUCCUAUCUGCCUACCAAUAAAAUAAAUCAUAUCUAUGAGAAGCCGGUGAUUGGACCGCACAAGUCUCUGACUGAUGUCAGGACGGGGUGUGGAAGACUGCUCCGGGAGCUUCUCCUUCAACUGGAUUCCAGGUGCGUUAAAAAAACUUUUUUCUUUGCUCAAUAGAGGAAUGGAACCUUCUUUGUGUCCGUGUUCUGUGUGAAAUGUCAAUAUGCAUUCAGACUUGUGUGUUCUGUAGGUUUAUUCUUAUUACAAUUACUAAUAUAUAAUAAAAUAACAAAGGUUGGUGCAGGAUGAUGAAUAUUUAACAGCAGUAUUACACCCCUGUUUUGGGAAAUGGUACAUCCAGCAGGUUUUCCAAGUACAUGCUUUGCUAUCAUAAUUUAAUAUGCACUCUUUUUUACAUAUAAGUAAAGUCAAAAUCUACAUCUUGCCAUAUCAUAAAUGUAUUUCUCACAUUUGUCUCUAACGCAGGGAACCAUCAGAACACUUGUUUGUGUAACAAUUAUGUCCUGCCAAGACACUUUUCCUAAUCUCCUAAACAAAAGCUUUGCUCUCUUAUAUUCCAAAUGAAUUUUGAAGCUCUGUUGAUAUCGUUCAAUAAUUUAGUAAACGGGCUUUAGUAGAUAUUUUUUAGGGGAAUUAUUUAUACACGGUAAGUAAUGACAGAUGUACUUGCACACUCCUCAGGCACAGAAUUUUUUUUUCUUUUCUGUUUUUCUUUUUUUUUUUUAAUUUUUUUUAUUAAUAUGCAGACUUUUUUAUUGUGAACAUUUGGCUCCCCUGUAACCAAGGUUUCGAUAUUUGUGUGCCAUUAAACUAUUAGUGUUUUAUUGGUUUUUCAGUGAUGUAUCAAUUCUUAUGGAUGAUGUACAAUUGUGUGUGACCUUGUACUCUGAUAAAUGCAAAGUACUAAUUAAACUUUUGCUGUUAGAGUUUUUUUUUUUUUUCACACAGUACUUUUUGCAAGUUAACUGCAACAAAUGUAAGGACCACAUUUUUGGAUUUGACAUUGCUACAUAGUAAUCCAAGUUGGAAAAAAAGACAAUCCUUUAAAUACCUUUUUUCAGGAGACCCAUUCAUAUGACUUGCCUGAAUUUCUUCUAAUAAUAUCCUUAAUUAACACACAAUUUAAUCCCUGCGCUCAAGCCUCCACUAGUCCUGGGCGGCAGUGUGUCUCUCUGCAUCGUUAGAAAUUUUGUCUUUUAGCUGAAAGUAUUAAAGGGGCACUAUAGUCAUCAGAGCAACUACAACUUACUAAAUUUGUUCUGGUGAGUAGAAUCAAUACCUUCAGGCUUUUUGCUGUAAACACUGUCUUUUCAGAGAAAAUGCAGUGUUUACAUUACAGCCUAGUGAUAACUUCACUGACCACUCCUCAGAUAGCUGUUAGAGAUCCUUCCUGGGUCAUGGCUGCCUAAAAUGCAUCCAAACAUUCAGUGUCUCCUCCCUCUGCAUGCAGACACUGAACUUUCCUCAUAGAUUCAUUGAUUCAAUUCAUCUCUGUAAGGAGAUGCUGAUUGGCCAGGGCUGUGCUUGAAUUGUGCUGGCUCUGCCCCUGAUCUGCCUCCUUCUCAGUCUCAGCCAAUCCUAUGGGGAAGCAUUGUGAUUUGAUCAGGCCACCACUUCUGAUGAUGUCAGCAGACUGUUUCUUUUUUAUUUUAUUUUUUUAUUCAAACAGCAUGCAGAGUUACAGCUUCUGGCUUGAAUACAGUAAGAUUUUGCUUUAUUGAUGGAGGCAUGAGGGGCACAGAGCGGCCAGAUGGUGGUUUUAACACUUUACAGCCUAGUGUUAACUCCACUGGCCACUCCUCAGCUGGCUGCUAGUGGUGCGUCUUGGAGCAGUGCUGCAUAGUGAGCAGCCCUGCCAUUCAGUGUCUCCACCCUCUGCAUGCAGACACUGAACUUUCCUCAUAGAGGUGCAUUGAUCCAAUUCGUCAUUAUGAGGAUAUGCUGAUUGGCCAGGGCUGUGUUUGACUUGUGCUUGCUAUGCCCCUAAUUUGCCUCCUUGAGAGUCUCAGCCAAUCCUAUGAGGAAGCAUUGUGCUUGGCUCAGACCACCAUUUCUGAUGAUGUCGGCAGACAGGGGCAGAGCCAGGAGCUGCAGACUUUAAUACAUGUAAGAUUUGACUAUUUUUAUGGUUGCAAGGGGGACUAGAUGGUGGUUGUAACACUAUUAGGUCAGGAAUACAUGUUUGUGUUCCUGACCCUAUAGUGAUCCUUUAAGGUGAAUUGUUCAUGUAGGACUCAUUUAAGAGGUUUGACUUGACGUGGAGUUUACACUUGGUCAUUGGAGUGGUACUAAAAAUCCCUAGUUAUUUUAAAUGUGUGUAGAGAUUUGGGAUAGUGUGCAGGUAUCUCUUUUUGUGAUUUUCAUUUCCUUAAUUAAGUUUAUUUUACAAAUAAAAAAUAUAUUACACCAUCUUGGUAUUGGUAAGCUACAUGUUUUUGAAAGCAUUUAAUUCUGUUUUGUUUGUCUUAAAUGUUUAAACAGAAGCUUUACUGGAUGUGAAUAUUUUUUUUAAUAGUUUGUCUUGUGCCCAAUACAUUUUACUUUGUUUGUUGGUUGUCAUAUUUUUAACAUUGUCCUUAACAUGGUAUGUAUACCUUUUUAUAGUGUAUGAUACAAUGGAGCCAAACACUCAAGGAAAUGCAGUUGUCCGUUUUGGAUACUUUUUAUGUUACAGACGAUUAGCCCAGUGCAUGUUACAUGUUCUGUAACCAUGUAAUGCAAUGAUGACUGUAACACUAAAAUAAUUGCUUUUUCAUUAUGUAAUACUUGUCUUAAGAAUUAAGCAAGCUGUUGUUACAGUAUCACCAGGAAAGAGGCAUUAAUGACAAUCCAGUUAUUUCCCAUUCAGCAUCUUGACACACUCUUGUUCAAAGCUCAAUAAUUGUCAAAGCCAAAGUAAUUUCCUUUAAAAGAGAAGACAUUGACUCAAAGCCGACAUCUUGCAAUCCCCAUUCCAGCUGAAUUAAAAAACGAUUAAGCUUUUUGAGAGAGAAAUCAAUAGGUAUCAGAGAGCCAUCCACCCAGUGGCCCUUGGUAUGGCCUGCUUGAGUAAGCAUUGCAGGCAGUUGACAUGGAUUACUGUGUUGACAAAAACUAAUGACAGACAGGCCACAUCUGAUCAUGUUACAAAGAAGGGACUAGACAUUUCAGCGAACCUAGCUAUCAUCCCUUCCCUUCUUCAUGCGUUUAGACAGGCUUGUCAUGCGUGGACCAAUGAUGCUUUUGAAAGAAAAAAAGCAUCUAGUUUUAUGUGCUGUCAUUGUUUCCCUCCCUGUCUUGUUGUGGCAGUGAAACAUGCUAAUUCAGGUCACUCGAACACAAAUGGUUCAGUUUUUCUCUUGACGGAAAUUUAAACAAGGUAUCUGCUGCUAUGAGCCUUGAGUGCUGAUCUUAUUAAAUUAUGUUUAAAGGUCAUCCACUUUGCAAGCUAUCUUCCUGAGCUUGGACACAUCUUGCGCUUUUGUCAAGUACAAUUCAUGGCUCGAUAGUCGGUAAAGAAAAUAGAAAAAAGUAUAAUUCUGUAUUUGUGGUUGCCAGUAACAAAUUUACCUUUUAAAAAUAGUUGUUUUUUUUUUUUUUACAAGUGGAGCAGUUUGUGCGAAUAGAAAUAAAAUCUGAAAUGAAUAGUCACAAAAAUAUACCUUUACUUAAACAGAUAUGUAUUCCAGCAAUAAUUCACUAUUUUACAAAUUGUCACUUUUAAAUGUUGGGGCUUUUCCAAUAGUAAAUUAAACAGUAUAUUUGCUAAGUUUUUGUUUUGUGUUUUAGUUAAUUGUUUUGUGAAUUCUUUUUUUUUCAUUUAGGUGCAGUGGCUUCAAUGUUUUGGGUGGAUGCAGAGCUGGGCAGUGACAUAUAUUUGGAUGGUAAGAUGACACCGCAGGUUGUGGCCAUUUCAUAUUGGUGAAAUGUAAAAUGCACAUUUUAUGUGGCACAACAAAGCCUUAACCGUUGUAUGUGUGCCUCAAAGCAACAAACAUAUUUUUUUUAUUAAUGCUCAGAUGUUUUCACUUAAAGAUAUACUAUAGUCACCAGAACAACUACAGCUUAUUACAUUUCUUCUGGUAAGUAUUUAUUUAUUUAUAACAUAUUUUACCAGGAUGGAUACAUUGAGAUUUCUCUCGUUUUCAAGUAUGUCCUGGUGUAUAAUCAAGUAUAACCAUUCCCUCCAGGCCUUUUUGCUGUAAACACUGCAUUUUCAGAGAAAUGCAGUGUUUACUUUACAGCCUAGUGAUAACUCCACUGGCCACUCCUCAGCUGGCUGCUAGUGGUGCGUCUUGGAGCAGUGCUGCCUAGUGAGCAGCCUUGCCAUUCAGUGUCUCCACCCUCUGCAUGCAGACACUGAACUUUCCUCAUAGAGGUGCAUUGAUCCAAUUCAUCAUUAUGAGUAUAUGCUGAUUGGCCAGGGCUGUGUUUGACUUGUGCUUGCUAUGCCCCUAAUUUGCCUCCUUGAGAGUCUCAGCCAAUCCUAUGAGGAAGCAUUGUGAUUGGCUCAGACCACCAUUUCUGAUGAUGUCAACAGACACAGGCAGUUUCAGAGGCAGACAGGUGCAGAGCCAGAAGCUGCAAACUUUAAUACAUGUAAGAUUUGACUAUUUUUAGGGAUGCAAGGGGGACUAGAUGGUGGUUUUAACACUAUUGGGUCAGGUAUAUAUUUGUGUUCCUGACCCUAUAGUCUUCCUUUAAAGGGCCACGUUGAUCAACAUAAUCACUAGACCUGUGCAAGAAUGGAAAAUGACCCCAAUAGUAGAAUAAGGGAGGUUGAAAUCCUCUAGAUUGAAGAGUCCAGAUUAAUAGGGACACUCCAAAAGCGUAAAGCACUUUAGCUUGCAGCUGUUUUUUAUGUUGGAAGAAUGUCUUUUUUAUUUUACAAAAAAUGCAGAUUUCCACAGACAUUAGCACUAUUGUAAAUUAACCUUGUUACACCCCCUAACUGUCAAACAGAUAAUGGGUCUUAUUACUUCCUGGUUGUUUAGUUCAGUGGAGCUAAACUCAAUAGGCAGCAGUUGCCAAGAGAAUCUGCCUUGCAAAGAAUUUGACUCAUUGAGCUGCAUUGAAAAGUAUGUAUUUGGCCAGCCACAGAAAGUUUGGGUUGGGUUAGAAAAGGAGGACUUGCUAAAAAUUCUGACAAGAGAUUUGCAAACUUGUUUUCCUAGCACUAUAAACUCAGUGGUGCAAAAGAGGAUAAAAAACCCUUUCUGUCACUUACCUUUAUUUAUCCGCCUUGCACACUGCAUGAUAUUUUAUGUCUUUCUGCACCAUUGUGGUUAUUAUGCUAGUACAAUUGUUGCUUCAGUGUCAUGCUCACUCACCUGUUGGACGACAUUCCUGCUCCCAGACUCCACUCCAGCAGUUCCCACGCCGGCUGCUGGGACUCCGUCCCUUUUAUGAUGUGGCACAUGCGCGCCGACAUCAUGACGCUGCGUACGUGCCAACGUCAUACCGCCGAUGAUGUCACGGCCCGCCAAAAUGUCCGAAUUUUAGGGGCGUGGCUUUCAAUUUAAAGAGCCAACCUAUAAAAGGCUGGUUCACACAUAGGACUUUGCCUUGUUGUGCUUCUUGUUUGGUUACCAAUAGCGCUUCUUUCCUGAUUGUUCCUUUUUGGUAUCGGCUAUCUGACUACUCUCUAUUCUCCUGUUCUUGACUCUGCUCUCGUACCUCGACUACUCUAUUAACUGGUUCCCUGACUCGACUAGUAUACUCGUUUUCGUGAUUUCUAUAUUCCUUGAACCCAGCUUGGUCUUGACCAUUCUCUUUCUGUCAAACGUAAAGCCCGGCCACUCUAAGGUCCAGUAUAAGUUUUUCUUUUACACCCUGCGUGUUGGGUCCCCUAGGAGUCCUGACAUUUAGGUAGUACCGAUAGGAGGAAACUGGAUAGCAGUGGAUUGCUCAUGAAACUUUUCAUGUGUUACUGAUUUUGAUCCAGACAGGACUGGUAUGGUUUUCAAACAAACUGAAGAUGUCACCAGCACUCAACAGGCCUUUAUUGAAGGGGGUGCAGUAACCCCACCCUGCAAAGCAGACAAAAAUUCCAAUACUGGAGUAACUGAAUAAUUGGUCCAGAACACCUCCAUUUGUUGCUUAAUAUGUUCAAUUUGAAGCCAUUCCUCACUCUUGCAAUAUUUCAGCUCAACACUGAACCUUUAUGAAGCCGUCUGUAGUGUCAUUUUCUGAGAUAAAUUAGGAACUGCACUUAAUCCCAUCACUCUGAACAAGGGUGCAACUAAACCUGGACCCAGCACCAGGUCCCAUAGUGGUGGCUAUGUUAUCACUAAAGUCUCACACAUAACAUCUGUUCAACACAAAUUGUUACUCCGUUUCCCAUCUCUUCCGUAUUUGUCUUUUUAUACCUCAUACCCCAUUAAAAAAAUCUAUAAAAAUGUCACAUUAAUAAAAAACAAACAUAAGAUUCAAUAUAGCUGAUAAGGAACAUGCAUUAUAUACUUAAUUUUAACCCAUAUAUAUGGGUUACAUUUAAGAUAUCUAUUAUAUCAUAAACUACUUUUAACAUACUUUGUUUUUAGAAUGUUAUAUUAUUUUAAUCAUUGUAAUAUUUAUUUUUACAAAUAAUCCAUCUUUCAGGUACUUAUUUGCCAAGUCAGCCGGUAAUUGUUCAUCUACUAAAUAUGGCAUUAGAGGUCUUCAUCCUUUGGUAGCUUUGAGGUACACAAAUAAUGGUUGUACUUUUUUUUUUUUUUGUCUGCACACACGAAGGUGCUUUUUACAUGACACCAAUUUUAAAUGGCUGCAAGCUUGAACAAAUAAACUGCAACUUUCAAACCAGAAUUUCUAUUUAGGGCUACUACUAACUUCUGUCCACAAAAUACUUUUCUUUCUAAUACGCCAAAGCUGUUGUAUUUGCUUGUUUAUUAUGGAAGAUAAGGAUGGGACAGGAGGAGGUGAUUAAUCUUCACCUGGCUGAGAAUGGUGUCUAAAGAGUAGAAGAUACCCCUGACCAGAUAUGCAUUUUACAUAAAAGCGUAAUAUUUACACUAUUGAUGCUGCGUCAUCCAGCGAUUUACUUUUUGUGCAGUGUUAUAGGCUGUCCUAUAAUAUGCCACUGGCAUAUUAAGGAAAUUGUUUAUUAUGAACUAUGGACAAUACAGAGCCUGUUCUCCAAUAACACGUGGAUUAACAUGGUGAAAAAAUUCACAUGUAAGGAUUUACAUCGAUUCAACAUGUCGAUUUUUUUUAUCUGUGUUGUUGCAAUUUAUUUUUAAGGUCUUGAAGCUCAGGAAUAGCCUUGUGUUGGGACAGUACAUGGAUGCCUUUUAUUUUGGUAUUCAGGGGAGUCAGGUGUGUUGCUACUAUGUUUUUCAAUUUGUGAACCCUUUUGUGCUUUUUUCAGGAAUUGUGUCAGUUGUUGAUGCCAAGUACACCUUGCAGGUAAGCAACUAAUUGUUUUGAUCUGGAGUAUGGGGUAUAUGAAAAAAGUGGUGUUAUUUUUUUUUUUUUUUUUAAUGUGGCCGGAUUUCCCACCUGUUUUCAGUAUUUAUUAUGUGCCUUUUUGGAGCUAAAAAUGGGCUGGUGGGGAGAGAUAAGUACCAGGAGCUUUGACCAGUGUCCACUGUAGUCCUGUUGGCAUUCUGUGUUUGGUAGAAGAGCUGCAGGGAGAGUUAUAGAGAGUAUAAACUCAUUGCUGCCUUAGCUCCUGUGUGUGAGCCUGGACAGGAAGUGGAAGGGAUCAUUAUCCUGUUGCCCACUAACAGCCUUUCAGACAUACUUUACAGGAAGAGCAGGGUCAUUACUGAGUGAUACACACUGUUUAACACCUACUGCAGCUCUGCUGUCAAUCAAAGUAGUGUAGCUGGAACAGAAAACCUAGGAAGGUAAGUACUAUGCAAAUAACCUUUAAAGGGUUACUCUAACCACCAUGACCAUUUCAGCGAUUUGAAGUGGUCAUGGUGGUAGAAGUCAUUGUGUACAGUGUUUCUGCUUGAAACAUUGCACGUACAAAUAAAUUCUUAAUUGUAUGCUAAAGGCUAGCCGCACACGUGACACAGGCAGCAACUCUGUUCCGGGCUGCCUAAUGUUAAUUCUGUGCAUAGAUUUGCAUACAACAGGCAUAGAAAUGUCCUUUUCCCUUCAAACAUUGCGCUCCCUCCCACGUUGCGCUAAAUCCCUCCGUGUGCGUUGGUGUUUUCUUCCUUUAUUUAUUUUUAUCUUCCCUCCCGCACAGCUUCCAGCUUCAGCAGAUUUGCAGAAGCUGGAAGCACAUCACCCGGACCAACAAGGAGUAUCAGAGCCCAGUGUAUCAGAGCCCAGUAAGCGGCCAUUUCUCCUCCUGCUUUAGCCCAGGGCAUGUAACCGUAGCACUCCUUCCCCCUGCCCCCCCACCCCCACCCCCCAGACUGGUGGGGGUCAUACUGGUCCCCACAUUUGAGCUACUAUACUAGCACUUACCACGCUGAAGAACCGCAGAUUUUCCAAAAUAGCAGAUGCCUAUCCCGCGGAGUCACACGCACAGAGUCUCCUGCGAUCAUUUGGCAGAUCCUUACAGAAGCUAGAUGCCAUCUUUCAGCACUUCUGGCGCAUGGUGGAACUCCAUCUAGCCACCAAGGUACCCAGACGCACAGGAUACGGGAGAACCAAGCGACAAGAGGGGAAGGAGCAUACUCAAGGCUAUAUGCCAGUCAUGAAACCUGCACAACCUACCAUACACCCUCCCAGGCCGAGAGCCACAAGGGGCUUAACUGCCUCGCAUCGCCCACAAGGAAGGAAGAAUUCCCGUGACAAGCGGCGAAUACCAUAUCACUCCUCCAACCACCCCUUACAAGGGAGAGACUUGGACUGCAGUAGUACCUUAGUCGCUGGGACAUGGAUGCUGGCCCUCCUACAGACCAGGGGUUGGAGGGGUCUCCGAUCCUGUUAAGAAAUCUCAGUUGAUGGUACAGCCAAGCUACUGUGGACGGGAGUUGGAUGAUUCUGAAAGGAGACUACAACAUAAGCCUUCUGCCACGUGUUAAAAGGCAGCUGAGAUAUUCAUAACCGAAUAUGUCAAACACUUACUGAUAUGCUUUAUUCCUGAUUUCCAUUAGCUCCUCAUUUUCUUUAUUUUCUCUACUUAAGCUUAAGUAAAUUCACAUUGUCAUGGUAAUGUGCUAUAUGGCCUGUACUUGCAAAUGUCUCAGCAUUACUACUUAAGUCUACAAGUUUUGUUGAGGGCUGACAACAAGGGAGGCUGGGACUCUCCAUCAUUGGGCAUUGGCUGGGGGGCAUAUGAGCUUGUAUAGCAGUUUAGUUAAUAUUAGCCUGACAUGAUGCAGCUGUAUUAGUUAGAUAUUAUGCUUCAACUGCUUGCAUACUACGACACUGCACAUGAACCCAGUUGUAUCUGUCUGUUUGGUAAUAGCUACAUAAUUAAGCUUGUUGUAUAAUUUUAUUUUAUUUUUUCCUAACAUGUACCUGCUCAAGUGAAGUCAGACACCUCAAUGUGUUAACCCUAUCCUGAUUGUCAUGACUCUUACUUUCUGCUAAUCCCUACAAUUAAUAACCUCUCUUAUGCAUAUGACCUGUCUUACUCCUAAUACAGUGAAUACUUAAAUCUGCGAUAUUCCUCUCUUGUUUAACACCUUUUAUAAACAUGUGCUGAUGUUUAUGUACAUGUAUUUGGUUACCUCUUUUGCUAUCUGUUUCGUGUAUAUUGUCCAACCAUUUGUCAUUAACAUGCACAACAAAAAUAAAGAAUGACAGAAAAAAAAAAAUUAUCUUAAAAACCAAAUGCCCCAUAAUGUUAGAUUUACCCCCCUUUAACUCUAACCCAAUAAUUCUAAGCACCCUUUUUACCACAACUGAAAGGCCAUUUUAACCUCUUAACUACUUAAGUCUCCCCAGUAUAACAGUACCCCCCAUGUACUGGUUUUAGGGUGUCAUGGAAAGUUACAGGGUUAAAUAUAGUGCUAGCAAAUUAAAUUCUCUGGACUUCGGCCUGGGUUGUCAGGCAGGUCCCUCAAAUUGCAAUCAAUAAAAUUACUUAAUUAUGUAAAAAUAUUACAUAAAUAUGCAUGUAGAAUUUAAAUAUACAUAUAUAUAUAUAUAUAUAUAUCUCCCCAUGUACAGGUUUUAUAGUGUUUUUGAAAGUUACAGUGUUAAAUUUAAGGCUUGAUUUUCAUUUUUUUCGCAUUGAAAUUUGCCAGAUUGGUUAUGUUACUGUUGAGAGCGUAUGGUAGCCAAGGAAUGAGAAUUACCCCCAUGAUGGCAUACCAUUUGCAAAAGAAGACAACCCAAGGUAUUGCAAAUGGGGUAUGUUCAGUCUUUUUUUGUAGUCACAAAUACUGGCCAAAUUUAGUGUUCAUAAUUGUUUUCUUGCAUUUUUACACACAAACAAAUAUAAAUGCUAACUUUAGGCAGUGUAGGUUGUUACUAAGAAAGACUGGACAUACCUUGUAAUGAAUACCCUGGGUUUUCUACUUUAAAAAAAAAUGUACAUGUGAGGUGUGAUUCAGAGGUUUAUGACAGAUAAUAGUGUUAUAAUGUCACUAUUGAUAAAUUUGAAAAAUAUAUAUUUUGAAACUGCAAUGUCCUACUUGUACUUAUAGCCCUAUAACUUGCAAAAAAAAAAGCUAAGAACAUGUUAUCAUUGUGUAUUUCUAAACUCAGGACAAAAUUUUGAAACCAUUUAGCAUGGGUGUUUUUUGGCAGCUGUAGAUACGUAACAGAUGUGGGUCAAUGUUAGAAUAAGUGUGUUUUUUAAAAAAAAAAUUUUUUUAUCAACCUGCUCCUGACGAUGGUGUGUAGACACACCGAAAGGCGAGUCAAGCUUUCUUUCAUUAUUAUUAUUUCACUUUGGUAGCACAUUAUUCUUGUUCUGUUUGUUUAGUGAUUAUAGUUUUAUAAGUUUUUCUUUUUGGCACGCAGGGAUAGCGGCUACUAGGUAGGUACCAGGGCAUCUCCCAUGGUACUGAGGUAUUUUUAGGGUUUAGUUUUCUUUUUGUUUACCUACCCUUCAAUAGGACUUUAUUAAACUUGGGGGAUUACCUAUAGAGUUUCUUUGGGUACCUACCUUCAGCCUAUGGGAGUUUGUGAGUUGGGUAUAGGAGCUUUAGUUAUAGUUCUUUAUGUGGUGUACACCGUUGCUGUUAGUUUGAGUUCAGCUGUCAGUAUCCUCUUUACCUUUUCAUUGGUCCUACCAACCUAUCCCUCUAUGCUUUUCCUGCUACUGUACAGAUCCCUUUUUCCGUUUUCCACUAGAGUUCAGAUGACCCAUUUAGGGACUUCAUGCUCUGGGGGUUCCUGAUAUUUUGUGUUCUACAGUCUAUUCUCUUUAGGGUUACCCCCUUUCCUGGGACUGUGUUAUAGGCUGCCUGAGGACCCAGCUCUGGAUUCCAUUUUUUGGCAUCUAGUCCCUGGGUUCUUAAUCCUAUUCUUUACUUGUACUUAUAGCCCUAUAACUUGCACACAAAAAAAAGCUAAGAACAUGUUAACAUUGGGUAUUUCUAAACUCAGGAAAAAAUGUUGAAGCCAUUUAGCAUGGGUGUUUUUUGGCGGUUGUAGAUACGUGACAUAUGGGGGUCAAAGUUAGAAUAAGUGGGGGUUUUUUAAUUUAUUUUUAUCAUAUUUAUAAAAAUUAUUUAUAGUAAAUUAUAUGAUAUGGUGAAAAUAAUAGUAUCAUUAGAAAGACCAUUUAAUGGGCAGAAAAACUGUAUCUGAUAUGAGUGGAUACAGUAAAUAAGUAAAAGGAGAAUUCCAGCUAAACACAAACACAGCAGAAAUGUAAAAACAGCCUUGGUCCUUAAUGGUAAGAAAAUUGAAAAAUGGUCUGGUCACUAAGGGGUUAAUAUUGUAAUUUUCUUAAAAUGAAACACUCUCUGUAAUCUAAUUCUGAUGUUAACCCCUCUUAAACCUUUAACCCCCACUUUACCCUAACCAUAUUUAAAACAUUUUAUUUUAUUUUUUUAUUUUUUUUUAAUUUCUAUUUGUUUUUACAGUCACAUACACUCACAGAUUCAAACACAAUUAAUUACAAGCAGACAUAUGUACAAAUGCAGUUUUCAGAUUUCAAUAUCUAGUUUUUAGACUUUUUUUGCCAGCAAUGUCCAGUUAAUAAGUGUAUUUAACUCACUUUAAUACCAAGUGAACAUGCAUAUGUGCAACAUUAUCCCAUUAGAUGCCCCUUAGAUGUCAAGUAAGCACACGUGAGGCAAUGAGGAAUCAUGGGAAGGCGAAGUUGUUGCAGUGAAAAUAAUUCAGCUGAAUGAAGUAGGUUUUUUUACUUAACUUGGCUGGUUUAUUCAGAACAAUAAACUCUGAAAUAGUAUUUGUAAAAUUAAAGGAACUAUGAACGGUCAUUCCUCUGGAAGUGACAGUUGCUCUUUUAAAUAACUGUGAGAUAAUUUGUCAAUUUUUUGAGACGGAAUUCAUGGUUCGUUCUUUUGCAUGUGCACGUGUGUGUGAGUUUUAAAAAAAUAUAUAUAUUUCCUCAAAUUUAGAGAAUGAAUAGUUAUGUGGAAAUGCAUAAUACCUUUUUAAUAUAGUUAAAGGACCACUCUAGGCACCCAGACCACUUCAGCUUAAUGAAGUGGUCUAGGUGCCAGGUCCUUCUAGGGUUAACCCAUUUUUUCAUAAACAUAGCAGUUUCAGAGAAACUGCUAUGUUUAUGAAUGGGUUAAGCCUUCCCCCUAAUCCUCUAGUGGCUGUCUCAUUGACAGCCACUAGAGGCGCUUGCGUGCUUCUCACCGUGAUUUUCACAGUGAGAGCACGCCAGCGUCCAUAGGAAAGCAUUAUGAAUGCUUUCCUAUGUGACCGGCUGAAUGCGUGCGCAGCUCUUGCCGCGCGUGCACAUUCAGCCGACGGGGAGGAGAAGAGGAGGAUCGGAGGAGGAGAGCUCCCCGCCCAGCGCUGGAAAAAGGUAAGUUUUACCCCCUUCCCCUUUCCAGAGCCGGGCGGGAGGGGGACCCUGAGGGUGGGGGCACCCUCAGGGCACUAUAGUGCCAGGAAAACGAGUAUGUUUUCCUGGCACUAUAGUGGUCCUUUAAAAAAAAAUCAAUUUUGGGGCACACUUUUUCACACCCAGUUCACACUUUAUCUAAAAACCCUAAACCCUAGCUGUAUACAAAAAAAGCUAACAUGUACUGCUAUCUGAAGCUUGGAGGUUUGCAGGAUGUAAUAUGCUUGGUGCUGUCUUAUGUACUCCAUAAUUUAGCUCUUAUAUUGUUUCUUCCAUUGUUUUGGAUUUUUUAAAUCUACCAGUAAGGAAAUGACAAAUGGACUUCAGAAAUGUCCACAUAAAGUAAUGGAAAAUAAAUGUUGUUUGCUAUUUUCUAGUUCAUUUUGAUAUUGAAAUAGUUUAAAUUUUCACGUACCCCCCCACCCCCUUUCCCGAAUUCCAUUUUAAAAGUCAUUAUUCUGUGAGCUAUUGUUAACAACUCAUGGCUGUGGCCAUAUGAAAUCGGUAAAUGUCAAUGGUCUUUGUCGUAUCCGGAAAACUUUUCAUAUUAUUAAAACUGUUCUUUUUCCUUCAACAUUGACACACUGUCACCAUCAUUUAAACUUUAAAAUCUCCCGCCUGCUGGAGACAAAUAACAUUUUGCUUUUAUGCGGUUGAUUUGCCAGCUCUUUCAGUUCAGUCAAAGGAAAGCUUGACCUCUAUAGCUGAAAAGCUGGGUUUGAUUCAAGACAUUACAAAUUGUGACACUAAGAGAACAGGGAGCAAUUUAAAGAGUGUCAUGCUUGAGAAGCCUUCAUGUCCACAGACCUGUCUGGGAGAUGUGGCUAUGUUAACUCACGAAGAAUCUGAAACUGAAGUGGUAAUUGAUAUCAUUGACGAUCACUUUAAUGGGAUUGUCACCCAGAUGUCUAAAGUAUUCAUUUUUUAAUCAUGGAUAAAUGAUUGGACAACUUGACAUGACAGAUACCUUCAACCUAGACCAGAUGUGUUGGCCUCCUCAGUAUUGUUAGGCAUGGACAAACGCUUUAGAGUUUCUGUCCAAAGAUUUAUAGAGAGGAAUUUUAACUAAUAGUGAAAAUAUUGGGAAAUGAUAAAUAAUGAAAGGGUAAAUUGUCUGAUCUUUAACCUUGUUUAAAUUCAUGUGGUGUUUUUGACAAAGCAGUGUUUUUAUUUCAAUAUUAAAGGGUCACUAAAGGGGAGUUCCCCCAUUUAAUUUACAAACAUUUUAAAUAAUGUGUUAAAAUAUAUGCAAAUAUGGGGAGGCGGGGCGAGGCCUGACCUCGAAGCAGAGAGGACGCAAAUCACAGCAGCUCCUGCUCAAUACAACAAUAGUAGCGAAUUUUCAGGGCCAACAUGAUUAAUAAGCGAGACAGAAAGGCUACCCAGAGUGCGGUGACAUUGGUGUGCACAGGUAGACACCAAACAAGCGACUAACAAAACCCCAUCCACCCGACACAAUGGUGAGGCCUACAAGCAUGGCGGGCGCAGGGGGGACAGACGCUUUCCUGCAGCCACUGGACUGGUGGGGGUUAUCCCGGUCUACCCCCACAAGACACCCCUACAUAGCGGUGGAAAAAUGACCACGAUACAGAGACCCGAACCUACCGUCACAAAGGCCUCCAAAAUGGCGGAUGCCAUCAGUACAGCCUACCCACAAAAUGUGUGGCUAGAAACAGAGCUCCGGCUAAACCUCAUCUUCUCCUCCUUCUGGAAGCAAUUGAAGGCUCGCAUGCGGAGUCCGAAACACAAGCCACUGACUGCAGACUAGUCACGCACUGCACCAUGAGGUACCCAAUGGAGUGAAGCAGAAGCUCCCCCUAACCCUGCACCUGCGAAAGUCCAUCUCCGGCAAGGGGCCACCUCGGGACCACACCUGAGCACCAGGGUCGGCAGCAGCAAAACAGGGCAUGGAGCCCUGGGGAUACCCCAGACAGGACCCCCACGGCACCCUUAUCGAAGACCUGCACCGAGACUCAAGCCUCAAAGGGGCAAGUACGGUACGACGGAGCGAAUGAAACGGAGGGGCGCAAAACUCAGAGAGGAGAACGCGAUGAGAACGCACACGGGGAGCUGUCCCAGUCCAAGACAGGCGAACCCAGCCUGGCACAAAGAUUGGAAGGCACAAUACGCACCAGCCAACACCCCCCCACAUGGCUCAGGGGCUCUAAGCUUCCUCGCACCGGGGAGACUGCACAAGCUGCAACGACCAACAGUGGGGGCACGCAUCCAGCCCCAACAAGGCAUCAGCUGACCCCAAUGGGACUUGGACUCAGUCAGGCAAAAUGCCCAUUAUCACUCAGUUUCCUAUGCCCCAAGUGAACUUCUACGUUUGUCGGCUGGGAUCUAUAUUCUGUGUUUGACUUUGUUUUAUGGACUGCUCGCACAGGGGAUCACGGGGGGUAUUAUCCGUAGUCCAUCGAUUAAACGCUAUGUAUACCCAUGCUUAGACUAGCCCAUGUUCAAGCGAGUAUUAUACUUUUAUUUUCUUUAUUUUAGUGCAAUGUUAUCAAUAUGCUGCCUAGCAGUUAGGUUUCAGGUGUUAUAUUUAAUCUUUUCCCCACAAGCACUGCUGGAGCAUUAUAAGACCUGCUAUAUUAAUGCCAUGCACUUUCGAAAUCCUUAUUUUUUCUCACAUCUGACCAUGCUUAAUAUCUACUUAAAUAUAAAAUUGUGCACGUAUUCAAUCUAGCCUACCCCUUUGUUACAUGUGUUUUACCUAUGCAUAAGGAUUGCCGUUGGGGUACCGCACGCGCUUAUGUUAAAUUAAUAUGCACUGCAAAAAUAAAAAAUUUAAAAAAUAUAUAUAUGCAAAUAUAAUUAUUACAAUGAAAAUUAAAUGCACAUAUUUAAAGUUACUACACUUUUUUAGCAAUUUCCCAGACUGCCCAGUUCCAUUAUUGAUGUCUCACCAAACCAGGGAGUAACUCACUUCAUUUAGCUUUCCCUGAAUAUGUGGGAGAUGUAGUUCUUGUUGCAACUUUCUACUGGAGAAACAGGAGAAUUAGAAAUCACAUCAUGUUCAUAUUAUUUUUGGAGAAAAAAAAGAGAAACACUGUGUGCUUAGGUUGGGUUGGAGAAACAGAAAAGGUGGGCCUAUGGAACAAAAUUAAUUAUUUAAACAUGAAAAGUAAAGCAGAGGGGUAGUCGUGUUUGGAGACACAAGAGUAUGAAGACACAGGGUGUUUGACAAAGGAAGAUAAAUCUGGUGGUAAUGUUGAUCACAGACUGAAAAAGGGUUAUCUCGGUGUGGCUUUUUUUGUGAGUGUUAAAAGUUUAAGUAGGAAUAUUCCAAAACAUUCACAAGAUCCAGACCAGUACAACAAAUCUUAGAUUAUGAUAAAAUCUGUUAUAGUCACAUACAUACCUGUAUACUAGGGCAGUAUAAAGCAGUGAUACAUAACCCUGACCAUGCAGAUAUUUGUGGUCAUUUGUUAUGAAACCCAAGCAGUAACAUAUAAGGCAUAUACAGUAACACUCGUGUAAGAGAGCCAUUCUAACAUACAGAGCUAACAAAUAUAUUAUAUGGCCAACAGCUGAAAUGGGCUACAACAGGGUGUUUGCCAUGCACACAACUUUGUAGUGAUUGCAUUUUUUUUUCUGUGUCUUUGCAAGCAUCUGGCAGAAGAGAAACCAGAAGGCCUUAUUAAUGAAGCGGCGAGGUAUUACUGCUAAUUAAAUGCCCGUGUGUCUGUUUAGCUUUUGUAAUGUAUGAUAAUCUCCAGCUCUGUACCUGAUCUAUCAUUGUCCUUAGAAAUAUAAUGUGAAUCUUUUUUUUUCAGCUUAGCCAUAAACAAAAGAAUGUUUGGAUCCAAUAGGACAAAAUAUCGGACAAUGUAUAGGUUUAUUUAGAUGAAUGCAAAUGAUUUUUGUGAUAACCUGAGACCGUAUUCUAAUAUGUUACUUGGUUUUAGUGGGCUAGUAUAUCGAAGGUAAUUUAAACUACACAACAUUCAAAUGCAAAAUAAUCUGUUGUUUGCAUCUAUGUAUUUUAUUGCUUUGAAUGAGAAUAUAUAUUUUUUUUCUGGAUUCUAGGCAGGUUGCAUUGGCAGAUGUUAUAAUUGUCAACAAAACAGAUUUGGUAUCACAGCAAGAGCUAGAAGAUGUGAGAAUUGCUGUUAGGUAUGUCUCCUAUAAGUUUUCUUAAAUCUAUCAUAGGACAAUGACCAGGCAUAGAUGUUUCUUUAAAAAUUACACAAUACGUUCAGACUUAUCAGUCAUUUGAUGUGAUCAGAGUUUUUUGUGUGUUUUUGAAAAAUUAUUUUUAUAUACAAUUUUCAGAUUAUUUAUUUGUAUUGUAAUAUGUAGUUAUGACUUUUAAUAUAAAUAUGCCAAAACCUCAAUUUUAUAGGUACCAGAUUGCAGUAAUCUGAAUGUGAAUGGGACAGAUGAAAUACAUGGUAUACAGAAGGGCUGGUAGGAGGAGAAUUGAGUUGUCUAGAUUUUAGAUAUCCAUGAAAUAUGAGGCAGCACAGUAAAAGUUCUAUUCAAUAUCUGUGCCCAUGGUACAACUCUUGGCAUGCUUGCCUUUCUUUUCAAUUUGCUUUUUCUAUAUUGCAUUAUUAGGAUUGAUGCCUGCUUUUGUGUGUGCAUAUAUAUAUAUAUAUAUUUUUUUAUAUAUAUAUAUAUAUAAUAUAUAUAUAUAUAUAUAUAUUUUUUUUUAAUAAAUCCCCAAAAAACAAACUGGCUUGUUCUAAACAUGCAUAUUCUCCAAAUGGUGUUAUUACCCAUCGCAUCCACAAAUAGAUGCUCUUCCUCUGUCCUCUUUCAUAAAUGUACCCAUAUCCUUAAAAUAGCAUCAUUAAUAAUUGCAUUAUGUUAAUGAGAGUGAUGCAAUUAAUGCGCUUCCCAAUUACUUGAGAUAUAAAUGCAACCAUAAAAGUUUUUGGAUAAACAUGGAUAAAUCUUUUGCAUUACCUAUAAAUUUAUCAGAUGCCAACUGGAGUCUAUGUACCAUACACAGCUUACUCAAACUGUAACAUAUUUGGGAGGAUAAGUGACUGAUAAUCCAGCCACCCUUUACACUGCAAACUAUGCUCCCUUAUUUUGUUUUAUAAAACAUGAUUUAGAAUUUUGGGGAAAAGCUUAUAUCAUGUAUGGGUAUCCUUUUCGAAGCUUUGCCAAUAAAUGUUGAUAAGGGGGGAUUAAAGGGUAUCCAGAGAUCAAUAGAUUCCUUUAUUUGGGAAAGGAAGAUUCAUAAACUGGCAAAGUACAUGCUCUGCGGGCCAAAGUCAAGGGGCAGUAUGGGACCCCCCAUAUCUUAAUGUAUUAUUAUGCUGCACAAUUGAUGCAGAUAGUGAUGUCGCAUGCUCCUCCGGGUGAUAGUAGGUGGGUGGACCUGGAGUUGCAUAUUAUGGGAUCAGACUUUCCCAUGUUUUCUAUAUAGCUUAGCAGAUCAAUCACAGAGAGUCCUUCUCUGCACAACAAAAUUUGAGGUGUGAAGCUAGAGGGUGAUUCCAGGGAGAAAAUAUGGGAGGCUGCUGCUAAGGACUCUAUAUGUCCUGUCCCAAGAACAGAUAUCUAAAAUAUUGUUCAGAUGGCAUACUUACUCUGUUCAACUGUUCCAUAAUGUCAGGUCCUCCACUGACACUUGCUGGAAACUAUGUUGUCAAAGAGGAACAUAUCUCCAUGUGUAGUGGACAUGCCCAAUGGUAGUGCCCUUUUGCCCUUCCUUUUUAUCUUUAUAGUAUCUUUUCUUUUUAUAUAUUUAAUAUACUCAUAUGUUCAAUUGUAUGAGCAUGCUACACCAGUGCACAAAUACGCUAUUUAUGUAUUUCUUUUUGCUUAUUUUUGGAAAUAAAUAAUUAAAAAAAUAAAAAUAAAAUACAGCCUCAGGCUGGUUUGGUACUGGUGGAACCGAUUUGACAGUAACUUGAAGAAUGGUUCCCACCUCCCUUGAUCUGAAUUUAGGUGACCUACUUAGACAGAUAACUACAUAUAGACUCCUAUAUUACCCAGUUCAGUUAGUGAAAAGUGCUAAAAAUGUAUUAAGCGAUAAACAACCAUACCAUGUAAUGAAGUCAUUUUAAAGCAAUGUUAUACAUUCAGUACGUAUAUUGUUUUUAACUUUUUUUCUUUCUUAUUCUGCCAAAGGUCAAUUAAUGGAAUUGUCAAAAUGUUGGAAACCCAAAGAUCCCGGUAAUUACAUGUGUAUAUAUUGUGCUGUUGUAGUUUGUAUAGUUAAAUAUCUAUCUGCAUGUGCGUUUGUGUGUGUGUGUGUAUAUGUGUGCAUAUAUAUACGGUACAUACACACAAACACACAUAUAUAAAUAUAUAUAUAUAUAUAUAUAUAUAUAUAUAUAAACUGAAAAGUUGGCUGUAUCUUUGGCAUUUUCCUGCUUUUCACACUAAAGCAGAUGUUAUCACAGUAAAAGGGACACUAUAGUCACCAAACAACUUUAGCUUAAUGAAGCAGUUACAGUGUAUCGAUCAUGUCCCUGCAGUUUCACUGCUCUGUGUUUAUGCAGCUCUAGUCACACCUCCCUUCAUGUGACACAACCUCCUAAACACUUCUUGUAAAGAGUCCUCUAAUGCUGAAACUUCCUUUAUUGCAAAUUCUGUUUAAUUUAGAAUUUCUUAUCUACUGCUCUGUUGAUAUCGUGGUACACCCUGCAGGAGCCUCCUAUAUGUGAUUAACCCCUUAAGGACACAUGACAUGUGUGACAUGUCAUGAUUACCUUUUAUUCCAGAAGUUUGGUCCUUAAGGGGUUAAAGUUCAGCUUACAGAGAAGGAGAUAAAAACAUUUAAAGUAAGUUACAUCUAAUUGAAAAUAAAAUGUUUUUCUCCCAUGCAGGCUUUAUCAGUCACAGCUAGGAGAGGUGUGGCUAGGGCUGCAUAAACAGAAACGGUUAUUUAACUUCUAAAUAGCAAUGUCCCUUCUCAGAGUGCUCUCUAUCAAGUUUAUAUAUUUAAUUUAGUUGGAGUUUAGUAUCUGGACGAACCUUUUUUUUUUUUUUUUUUUGUGUGUGAGACAUUGAGCGCAAAGCUCAUGUUGAGAUCUAUAUACAUGGAUAACCUAUGAGUUAUGGGAAAGCGUUCCAUGCGGCUGGCCUGAUGUAGCGCAGAAUUCCCAGAGGUCUUAUCUAACAUUUUACGAUGAUCAGGUGGCUAAUAUUCAGAGCGCUUAUUGCUUGGGUGGGAGCGGGGACAAGGAGCCAUGGCGGUAUGAUUAGCGCUCUUUGAGGACAUUUUAUUAGUGUUCCUACACAUAACCUUUUUUUGUGAUGCCCCAUUUGGUUUUAAAUUCAUUUUAAAGAUUUAGAAAAUUACUUUACAAUUCAGUUAAUUCCUGGCACAGUAAGUGCACACGUUGCAAAUGGGAAGGAGAAUUAGAAUCAUUUCAUUUCUCUUUUUCUAUGUAUGCUCUCUCUAUACUGACUGCCCGAUGCAAAGAACAGAGCUUAUAACAAUAAUUGACUUUGAGCCAAGAUGGAGGUGCACAGUUGCAUGAUUAAGAGGUGUACAUUUAUCAAUUAGAUGUUCUUUCCAAACCUCACAAACACAUAUUUGUUAAAUAUAGGGGAAGUAAGCAAACAUAAUAUUAAACAUUAUAGGAAGUGACAGUCCCUACUGCUUUAAGUAUGAAAUGCAGCGACAUUCCCUGUUAUUUAAUGUUCUACAUACAGUAAUGAUUUAUAUGUGAAUGCUUCAGGAUAUAUUUAUCUGAUGUUAAAUGGCCGCUGAUUAUUAUAUAAUGUGGCAAAAUAUUCUGGUGUCCUUCUUUUGAGGAGGGUCACCCUUUUUUUUAAGCACUGUCAUAUCUGUUUACAUGGGACAAAUUCAUGUUGAGUUGGAGUAUUGUGUUCAUCAUUAAAUCAAUAUGCCUAAUUCUUCUUUAUUACUCUAUAUCAAUAACAUUCUGCUUAGUAUUGAAGAAGUGCAGGCAGCAUGAAAAGCCAUUAUCUCAUUAAACAUUCAGCCAAGCCAAACGAAGACUGCCUUACACACAAUUACAAUGCCCUGACAAGUGUUCAACAGAAAUACAUGAAAGACUAAAAUUCUUUAUAUUCAGAAUAACAAUGUAUCAUAUACCUACAGAAUAAACAAAAGCAAUAGUAAAUCAAUGUCAGAAAAUAAACUAACUCAAAACUAAUCAUUAUAAACACAUACAAACUCUCAACUCUCAUAAGAUCCUGUGUAUAACAAUCACCUCAUGGCACACACAAAUCCCUCUCCCUCAAAAUAUAAAAUAAAUAGGCAAAAUAAGGCACCACCUGAUGUCUGUUCAACAUCAUAAAAUAAUAGAAGACAAACUGAUACUGGAAUUAAUUACCAUAGCAUUUCUUAGUAUUCACAAAAAGUGUAAUGUUGUAAAGUAUGUGCAAACAACUUUCUGCCUUAUUUCAGGAUUUUUUUUGCAACGCUCUGUGGACCCUGUAAUACCCAACUUCUUGCUAAAUAAUAAAAAGCUGAAGGCUCACAUUAUACAUUCUCCCUUCAACUUAAUUAAUGCAUCAGUUAACUUAAAAGAACAGUUGCAUGGAAGAACAGCUCCCACGAGGUCCACAAACGCAGAUUGAUCCCUCACCUGAUACCAAGAUGUGACAGUUCAUUGCACGAAGUUGUGCUGGCCCUGAAGUUUGGCCCGAAACGGGUUUCUUGACCUGUUGCAGGGAGAUAAAAGACCUCAGUGACUGAGGUGCACAGCUGCAGAUCAAAAUAUUGACUGCCCACAAAAACAGAACCAGUAUAAUGAUAUUAUAUAUGUCAACCUAUAUACACUAACAUCAUCCCUUAAGGGAAAACUCUUGCACAUGGCCUGCAGGCCAAAAAUGGGAACAAGCAAACCACUACAGAUUUGCUGCCUAGCCAAAUGGUCCACCUAUACAAUUACUUAUGUUGACCAUCCACAACUAAUAAAGAAAGUUCCUAAACUACACACAUGGAAAUGGUACCGACAGACACGGCCACAUUACCUCACAAACGUAGGGUGGUUUACAAACCACCACAACCUAAAAUAUGCGACAACCAACACCAAGCUGCAAUGUAGUACUUACUGAUGACACUAACCAUAUUGUCGCUAAAUGCAAAAGGACUUAAUUCUUCUCACAAAAGGAGACUGGCCUUAGCUGACGCCAACAAAAUGAAGGCUCAUAUAGCGUUCUUUCAGGAAACCCAUUUCCUCAAAUCUAGAAUGCCUAAGUUCUCCUCGAGACAAUACCCGGUGGGCUUUCAUGUAGGGUAUGAAAAGAAAAAAAGAGAAGUGUCCAUAUUGAAGCUACAAAGCUACAAAAAAAAAAUAGGAGAUUAAGAGGGCAGAUUCCUCAUGAUCCAAUGUACAUUAAAUAAUGACCCACACACGCUCCUGAAUGUAUAUGGCCUGCACGAAAAUCAGACAGACUAUCUCAAAAAGAUCAUAGCGAAGACCAAUAGCUAUACAUAUGGCAACUUAAUUAUAGGGGGAGACACUAACUUUAUUAGUGGGGGAGUCACUUCGAGAGCCACUCACAGCCACUCCCGACUGUGCAAGGUUCGAAAGGUCAAUUCCCUGCUCACAUAAAUCAGCAUCAGAGUCACUCAAGGACUCAGCACCUGGCUUCUCAGGUUGUGCUCUAGCACAUUUUCAUUGCCGUGCCCAUGGCUUUUUUGCGUGAUACAGGCACGCUUUCAUGGGUGACCUCAGGUUCACUAGUCAUAUGGGUUUUGGAGGCAGAGAGAGUUAAGUGCCUGGAUUUGGCAGUAGCCUUCUUGGGUGCGUCCCCUGAAAGGUCUAAACCAGAACACGGUUGGCGCGUCAGUGGGCCCGAACUUUCUGCAGCCAGUGGGCGCAAGAGUAAGGCCAGGGAGAGGGCAGAGGACAUAGAGCCCAUAGCUGCCAUAAUAGCGUCAGUGACUGAGCGCCAGGGACUGAGCCUCAUCAGGCAGAGACAUAGGGCUAACCACUGAUGAAGGGGAGCUAGAAACUGAAGAGUGGUUCCCCAAACCUUGAGGCAUAUCCAUCUCACCAGGGGAAGGUGGGCAGGCAGGCACCAUAGAUUUGAGCCUAUUGUAUGCUGAAAGACCCACAAAAUAAAAAUCCAGUACAAUAUUAGACCCUGAACAAGCUGUAGAAAAAACAAUAACCGUACAGGCUGGUAGGAGUUAAUCACCCUAGACUAGUUACACCAGAGAGGGAGAGAUAGGGGAGCUCGCCAGGGCCCAAACCAGCAGACCGGAUAGACACGAGGUAAAACAGACGCAGAAGGACGGAAGAUCAAAAAAUGGCCACUGCCAGUCUCGCGAGAUUCGCGGCAAAAAAUCCUCUGAACGCUUCCAAUUCGCGAACCGAAAGCUUGGCAAAAUGACUAAUUAGUGGGAACAAACUAAUGAAGGUCAGUACACAGCAAAACAUCCCAACAAAAACCAUUUCCAGCAAAACAGUAGAACGCGACAAACUAGUUGAACGGUACCAUAUGCCGGUCAAACUAACGAAUGGCACAGAUUCGUGGCGAGUUUAGCCAAAAGGGCUUGACUUGAGACAUGAAAAUAGCCGAACAGUAGUGAGGAAACAGGCGCAAAAGGGCGCCAAACAAUCAGGAAGAAGGGGGGAGACCAAAAAGCAGAAAAAUAAAGAAAAAUAAGGAAAAAAGGAUAUGAAGAUAGAAGCAAUAAAGCAAAGCUCAAGAGAGAGAGGAGAAAUACAUAUAAGAAUCCCCCAAAGGAAGGUCUGGAACCCUUGGCUCAAAGGUAAAUAUAAUUUAACUUUAAUAUCAUAUAAAACAGAAUUAAUAAACAGGAAAAAAAACAGACUAUAAGAUACGAUAAUAAUAAGUAAGUAAUAAUUAAAUAAUAAGUACUUAUCUUUUGUGGAGCAGCAAAGAAAGAGGAAGCUCGAGAGGCAGUGCUUGCGGUUAUACUGGGACCUGGAUCGGGAUUGGCUAGUGUCUCAUUGUAUUUGUUAUAUUUUUUCUACUUGUGUUCUUUGCUGCUAUUGGUGGACAGUAAAGAAAGGGUUAAGCAAUAUGAGCCUCCGUGUCUUGACAUAGAAUUGUGAGUCACUAACAGAAGAAGUGAAAAAAAGUAAGUUCUUUUUUUAAAGCUAUGCUUACUCAAGAGUUUCAUGGUGAUGUGUGGCUUUGGCUGCUGUUCUCAGUUUCUGUGUAAAACUAUUUUGGAGAAGAUUGAUUUAAAAAAAAUAUAUUGUUCCCUAAACCUGCUAUUGAGGGAAAACGUCACUGUGUAUCGAGGGUCUGUCCAUUCAUGUUCUUCCCCAGUACUGCUGAAGUGCAGAAUUUACAGCAUAAUCCAUGCCUGAUGAAGGGAUCUUGGUGUCCUGAAAACAUGCAUAAUAUCCCUCUUUUAUUAAUUAAAAAGGUAUUUAUACGUGUGUUUUUGUUAUUUUAUACCAUUUGGCAUUAACAAAUACCUUGCUGUCUCAUACUUGCCUUUGGUCAGUAUAGGACAACCAUUAGAACCUGGCCUGUUACAGCAGCCAUGGACUGAAGAGAUAGUGAUGUGGUUUAAAUCAGGUUUGUGCUUGAUAUGGAAAUCGGUUACUUGAUCUUGUGUUAACUAGCAUGCUUGUUUUCUUUUCUAGGGUGGACUUAACAGAAAUCCUAGAUUUACAUGCUUUUGACAGCACGUUUGGGGGAAGGUAAUGAUUCAAACGUAUUUAUGACAAAAUAUUGCUUUUAUUUUUAGCUAAUCUCAGAGUUAUUUACUAAAGUAGUUUCAAUUUUAAGGCAAGAGUAGCCAAACUGAAAGCAUAGCUGGCUUAGACUAUUUUUCCAUUUCGGCUGUUUUGACCUCAAAUUUGUAUUUCACUUUGAAUUCUCAAUUUAGUCAAUAAUCCUGACAGUAGAAACCUGCAUAGACUUGCCUCAUUCAGUGAGAAGCGUGAUUUGACCUGACAUCUAGUUAAUAUUUGUGCUAAAUGUUUGUGUAACAGAGUGUCCUUCACAUAGUAACACAUGGUCUGCUUUAGAUUAAAAAGUAUUUUAUAAAGUAUUUAAUAGUCUAGUGGCACUGUAAAGGGUUAAUAUAAUGUAUAUGACAGGCAUUUUCCUGUAUUAUGUGGAGAUAUUAGUUUGAAUGCCUAGUUUUCACUCCUCAUUUGUUACUGGGUUACAUUACGUCUCCAGUUAUUUUUUCAAAAUUGAACACGUUUUUCUUUUUAUUGAAACAGUUUAAACAUUUAUAUUUAAUUUUGGUGAAUUUACCUAUGGGGGGUCUCAUUUCAGUAAUGUAAGGCUAUCACAGUAUGCCAAUUAGAAAAUACUGGCACAAACAAAGUGCCAAGUGAAGGUCAUUCAAAUCUUAACCUAAAAAGGGGGUAACCCUAAAUACAUAACUGAAGGAAUAGAAGCACAAAAAUAGCAUCAGUCAAAAAAGCUGACGAGAAGCAUAAAAAAGGAUGCUAAGAAAAAAAAAUAUCUUUGUAUAGCAACAAAUAAAAUGUAAAAGAGACACAAAAGAAGAUUUAUUAGUGUCCACAACACAUUCACAUUGACUCACAAAAAAGUGUUGUGUGAGGUGUUUUGGCGGGACCAAACUGUAUUCCUGCUUAUUAUGGAUUUCCUUUAAAGGUAGGUAGUAAACAGCUAAAGCAAUCCUUUUAAGAUUAAGCAGCUGCGGUGGAUUAAACUUGACACCAUUACUUCCAUACCUCAUGUAGACUUCUAUUCACCUCAGUAGCUUGUCCACAAACACACUUUCCCUCCCUUUUAAACCUACUGUUACCAAUUUACCCCACGCAGCUCUUCCUAAACCUUGCAAAUGUUUUUUGAAGUCCUUGCCAGCCCCCUGCAGAAGAGUGUAUGCUACAAUUGACAAGGAUGUAAUCUGUUUGACAAUAUUUGGUUGAAAAAUCCCUCCAUAGAAGGAUCUCAUUAUUGUCUACUUAGGAAUUAUAUGUAGCUAGUUAGCAUGUGACAGAAAGGGUUAAAUAAACUGUUAUUUCAUGAAUAAAAAAAAAAAAACUCCUAUUGGGUACUGCUUGUGUGUGGUUUUUUUUGUCUGGACACACUUGGGAAAACUUACAUUCUUGGUGACAAGUAGGCAAAUAUGUUAUCAUGCCAGCUGAGGAAUUUAUCGUUUCCAGUUCAUUUUCCAGAUCAAAGUUGUAGGGGUAAAGAGACAUGGAAUGCCAUUCUAAUUAAGGCCUCUGUAAACUUGUUACAAUGAUGCGUAGGACACUUUACCAAAGUUCAAUGUACGAGUGGGUCAAACACUUUAACAGCAGCAUCUAAGUGCCCGGUUUAAGUAUCAGCUGGCACCCAGGAAUAUAAUGUCUUAAAUCACUAGCUCUCUGGAGAUCAUUAUAUGUUACUUACAAUGAUGGAGCCUAGAUUAGACGUGUUAUACACACUAGAAGUUAAGUGACCUCUGUUUAAUGCAUCAUGCAGUGAUAAAAACUGCAUUUGCUUUAACUUUGCUUUUCCAACAGACCAUGGUAAACAACAAAAACAAUAGUAAGGAAGUCCUUGAGUACUUUAUUAUCAUCAUCAUUUUAACGCCCUUUAACAUGCACUUUGUCAUGCAGGAGUACUCUUUGUACCUUUAUUUUGGCAUGAUACAAGCUAUUCUAUUUUGAAAUAUGUACCUGUAUGAAAUACAGGGCGAAGGUUGUUAAUUAAUCUGCCAUUCAGUUUACAGGACAAAUUGAUCCCAGUGGCGUCUCACCCACAUCUUGAUAAGGUAAUGGAUGUUUUUGUUCUUUUCAUGUCCCUGUUAGUUUAUUUAAAUUUUUUGGCGUUUGUAAUUUCAUUAUCUAUAAACAUAAAAAAAUGAAUGACUCCUGCGACGAGAUCUAGUAAACAUGCAUAUAUGUGUUACAUAGUGUCCCUCACAGUUAGCAAUAAGCGAAUGUGUUAUUAGGGUUUUAGUGUGCCAAAAAGAAAAAUAUGUAUCAAUUUCUCCACUCUGGUGGCUAUUCAUUGAGACCCCUGGUAAAUGGGGAUUAAGGGGUCUCUAUUUGCUUAUUUUUAAGGCUGGGAUCUUUGCCACUGGUUUUUGGAAUUCACGCUCAUUUAGUGGGUAAUCAUGUCUUUUUUCAAUGCUUUAUUGGAUAUUAUGUUUUGUGUGUAUUUCCUUUCAGUUCUGCCAUUUGCAAGCUGUACUUUGGCGCUCUUAGUGGCAACAAUGAAAUGCAUUGUUAGUUGGGUAAACCUACAUAGUGAAGGUUAAUCUUUGAAUUGCACUGCCUAUUCAGUUAAUUUUUACCUUGAUUUAUUUAUUUAUUUUAAAUUCUUUAUUUUUGCCUCACUCCACUUGGGAGUAUGCAACAGACGAUAUUCCUGGAACAAAGUUAUAGCAUACAACAAGCAUGACAUUUAGACAAUAUGUAUCAGUACAGAGUGGGGGGAGGAUUUUUAUAUAUGUAUGGGCAUGCUGGUCUAACAGGUAGCAUUCACUGUAGUGUAGAACCUUUCUAAAGGUACAGAUUAGCACCCUCUUAUAACAUAUCUAUGGCAUAUGUGUAUCGUGCUAUAAAGAGUGGGGAGGGUGGGUUGGGGGACUUCUCAGAUAACGUGCACCCUCUGUGUAGGUUCGUCAAGAUAGCGUCUAGGUCGGGGUGUCUCAGCUCCCCGUUGAGGUAACAGCUACAUUACAGAGGGGAGAAGGGUAGUUAGGUAUAAGUGGGAGCGCAGCAGCGGGUAAUAAUAACCAUCAAAAAUAAUGUAAGAGAGUUAUAAUAUUGUUAGUACGCACUUCGUCCGUAUGAUCUUGUUUUCCUUCUGGCUUGUUGGUCGCUGCAGACGAACUGUGUGUCUUGGGCCAGUCAAGUGACCAGGAGUGCAGGCGGGCGUCCUGUGGUUGACCGUGGUGCGAAGGUCGGGAUCUUAGACGGGUCCAGGUUUCGGAGGCGGGAGGUUGAGUCUUGUUCAGGUAGCAGCUUCAGGCUGCGCAUGUUGGUCUCUAGUUCCAGAGGGUUCUUGGCUCUGUAGGUGCCUCCCUGGUGAGUGAGUAUGAGUUGUCUGGGGUUUCCCCAGCGGUAGGGCACGUCCUGGGCUCUUAGGAUUUGGAGUAGUGGUUUCAUUGACCUGCGCCAGAGUAAUGUCUUUUUGGUGAGGUCAGGGAAUAGGAGCAGAGAUGCGCCUUCGAAUUGGAUUGGGGUUUUCCCUCUCACUGCAGAUAAAAUUAGAGCUUUGUCGUGCAUUGUUUGGAAGCGGAGAAUAAGAUCCGCCGUGGCCGUGGCAGGGGCAUUUUUUGGCAUUGGUAGCCUGAACAUGCCAGUUUUAGUGCCUUUGUUUGUUUGGCCGGUAGCAGUGUUGAGAUGAGACGCCUUAUGUAGUGUGGCGUUUCCUCUGUACUCACUGUGUCAGGGAUGCCCCUCAGUUUAAGGUUGUACCGUCGCCUCUGUUCUUCCAGGGUGUCAACUCUGGCCUCCAUGCCUUUCUGGGCUAGUUGUAUUUCUUCCAGCCUACCUUGAUUUAUAAUGUCAAAUUUAUAUUUUCAUCAUGUGAAUUAGUAUCUAUUUUCAGUAGCGUACAUUACUGGUUUUUGUAACUGGUGACUGGCAUUACAUAUUAUUGCCUUGUUUGUUUUUUAUUAUCCAUUGAGAGGACACCCCAAAGACAGCUUAAUCUAAAUGAAGUUGUUAUGGUGCCAGGAGGCCCACUCUUACCUCAAGAGGUUAAAAAGUUCCUCCAGUGGCGAUGUCCACUCCCCCCCCAGGUGGCAUCAGGCUUAUUCAUUUUUAGAUUCAGAAGGUGCAAAGUGCCUCCGGCAGGGCACCGAUGAUUGACUAAGUAGUCUACUGGUCUCCAUUUACUAAAAUCAGCAACUUUGGGCAGUUUAACCCCUUGAGGUAAGAGUGCCUCCAGGAUUCCACUCGCACCAUAACAACUUAAUUUAGAUGAAGUUGUUUUGGUGCCUGGAGUGUCCCUUUAAUCUUUAUUAAGUGAUAAACUGUCACUCCAUGAGUUUAAUUAUUAUAUUUACUAGGGAUCGACCAAUUAUCGGUCUGGCCGAUAUUAUCGGCCCAUAUUUUGUAUUUUCAGAAGUAUCGGCCAGUAAAGAUACUGAUAUUGCCGAUAAUGAAGACCAGGGCCGGCAUCAGGGUCCUGGAGGGCCCAUGGCGGUCCUGGGGGGCCCAGCACACUCUUACUUACCUUCCCAGCUGCUCCCUUUAGCAUCCGUGUCUAAAUCUUAUGAGUCCCGUGGCCGUCAGAGCGUUGCCACGGGUUCCCAUGGCAAUGCUCCAUGUGGCACACAGGCCGCGAGAGUUAGACAGGGGAGCUGCUGGGAAGGUAAGUAUCAGUGUGCUGGGCCCCAUCUGCACAGUCCAUUCCACCUGACCUCCAGGGAAUUCCAUACCCCCCUCCAUGGCCAAGUAAGAAGCAGUGAGGGGGGCUAAAACAUAAUUUAAAAAAAUUCAAUAUAUAAAAAAACAAGUUACAUAAAUAAAAAUGCUCCCCAACACCCCCCAUUGUAUACACUUAACAUACCUGCACAAACACACACAGUCUGCAUUCCUCAUAUAUACACACACACUCUGCAUUCAUUAUAUACAUAUGUAUAUUUUGUGCAUUUACCUUGAUAAAAAAAAGAUUUGCAAAUAAAUAAAUAAUAAACCUGUUCAGUUAACAGUAGAUUUGUGUAGAAAUAGUUUAUUUUUUUAAAUGGUAAAUGUACAGAAUAUCAGUAAAUUAUCGGCCUGAAUGUUCACAGAUUAUCGGUAUCGGCUUUAAAAAAUAAAAAAACGGUCGAUCCCUAAUAUUUACCUAUUUAUUUGUGAUAUGUGAAAAAAUAAAUAUAGAAAUCUGCUCUUAGUCAUUCAGUAACUGGCAGUGUUUUAAGGUCUGUCCUUUGUAUUUUGCAGUCAUUUUAGAGAAAGUAUGCAGAGAUGAGAAAUUAAACACCGUUUUAAUUUCAGCUCUUCAUGUGCAAUGUUUGCCCUCGCUUUCCCUUGUGUAAUCUGACUAAUGAUGUAAUUUGCUAAACCUUUAAUAUAUCUUGUACAAAAAGUCACUUCUAGGUGACUUUCAAUGUCUUAUUCAGUGGUGUAAACUGCAGAGACUUGACCGUUCCCUUUAACUUUCCCAACCUCAAUAUCUACUCCAUAUUCUAGCAAAAUGUUUGUAAAAUAUAUUUUUAUUAAAACGCCAGAAACAAACAAAUUGCAUGCAUUUGUGAAUUGCAAACUGUGAUAGCUGAAAUAGUUGAAGUAUUGGAGUGUAUUGCUUGUGGUAAAUCUCUUGGUGGUGGUCUUGGGAAAUUAAGCUUUGUUAUUUUUUGUUUGACAAAGACAAAAUCUCUAAGAACAUAUAAUGGGUACAGGAGGUGGACAUUAGCCCUCUUUUGAGGAUUCAGAGUAAUCUUCUGCCAUUUCUGUUUUAGGUCAACAAUAUGUCUAUUUGUCAAAAUACACCUUGUUAUACAGGAUAAUCUACCUUUCCUUCUUGGUUAGGGCUUACAGUCCCUAGGGGGGAUGCUCAUUGCUAUAAACCUGGCCCAAGAACUCCACCUCUGCAAAGCAGGAACCUAAUUACUGAAACUCAAGUUCCAGGAAGGUGCUGUCAGGGGGUAUCUGCCCCACUUUAAUAGCAGGCAGUACUAUUUUCAAUAUGAAUGUACUCUGCCUUUUACAGGAUAUUCUAUUGUUAUGCGCUGAGGGCAAUUUCCUGCUUACCAAUUAAGUUAAGACUUGGCUGUGUCAAUUAACAUAUUAGUAGAACUUAGACUACCAGUGAUCAGGGCCAGCUUUCACACCUGGGGAAUCUGUUUGAUAUAAAGCCAUGUUCUUGAAUAAUACUUCACAAGUGCUGAAAAAAUGUUUUGGUUGGAAAUCAGGAUGAAGAGAACCACAUUUAUUGUAAAGGUAUACUUGUCUAUGUUUGAUAAGAGGACCUAUUGUUCUCUAAAAACUCCAUUAAGUAAUAGGCAAUAAUAAAAUAUCAAAGAAGGAGAAAUGUUGGUCGCAGAGCGCAAAGUACUAACCAGUGGAGGUAAUUAUCCAGCCUGAAGUUCCAAAUUAACCACUACUCGUUUAUUCCCUGAAAUAUAUAGUUUGGUGGUGUAAUUGCCAAGCUACGAGAUUUAUAAAAAAGAAAAAAAAUAGUCGUGUGUAUGUAUAUAUAAAAGGUUUCAGAAAUAAACACAUAAGUGCUGUGAAAUUCAGACAUUUGAAUAAUAGAUUAAACGUGUUACCUUUGUGUAUCAGGAAUGCUGUGUUCUAUAUUACACUUGCCUAAACAUUACAGGAGCUAUGUAAAAGACAUUGAAUUAACACAUUUUAGCACAGUAUCUCUUCACACUUCUAUGUUGGUCUAAAUCGGUGAAGGUGAUGUGUUGCUUGUCCGUAAACUUUAAAAAAAAUAAUAAUAAUUAGUGGCUAUAGGACAGUAUCAUCAUCCUUCAUUAGUGUAAUGUUGGACAGAAUUCACUCACUGAGAGAGCACUUCCUGUCAGGAUAGGGCUCCCUCACAGGCCCUAUAGGUAUAAUGAAUGAGAAAAAGGUGGCGCCACAGAGAUAAUAUAUAAGCAAGUAGUAAUAUAGAAAUAAACAAUGAUAUAUAAUACAGAGAGAGAACAAUAAAAAUAAUAGGUGUGUGUAUAUAUAUAUAUAUAUAUAUAUAUAAAAAUAAAAAAUAUAUAUAAAGAACAGACCAAAAAGAGUCCAGUAAAACCUUUGGAUGAGAGAACAAUCACAGUUCUAUCGGAAGUGGAGACGUCUAUGGAGUAGUGGGAUCGAGCGGUUCGGGGGAUCCGUAUGAAAGAGAAAAGAAAAUCUAAUAGUGCAAUUAAAUAGGUAGCAGCCGAUAAAAAUUGUCUAUAUGGUCCUACUCUAGUAUAAACUGCGUACAGUGGUAUAACCCCCACUUAUGGGAUACCUGAGGGAGUGUUAUAAGUAGAUAUCUUGUCAGAAGGGCACCAUAUGUAACAUAAAAAAAACCACAAUAGUGCUCACUGUGAUAAAACCAGGAGAGUGUAUUUAUACUAUAUAGACCAUAUAUAUAUAUAUAAUUAUGUUUAUGUUUCUCUCUCUGUAUUAUGUAUCAUUGUUUAGUUCUAUAUUACUACUUGCUUAUAUUUAAUUUUAUAUAUUAUCUCUGUGGCGCCACUUUUUUCUCCUUCCUUACUCCUGGUACCAAAACUAUUAAAGUGCACUGUAGUAAUUAUGGCUCUAGGAGAAUUCCUUUAAGGAAGAAUAAACACUUUUGAACACCAUUUUAUAUUUUGACAAAAGGAAGCAUAAGCAAUUAAUGAAACAGGAUAAGCUCUGCUGACAUUCUGUAAGAAUGUCACUUUUUUGUUAUUUAAUUUGGUCAUAACUGCCUCAUUUGACAGAAUGCCAGACACCUAGUGCGUUCUUAUUUUUCUAUGUUAAAAAUCAAUUUAUUCCUUUUUUUUUUUUUUUAAAUAAUUGUUACACACACAUAUUCCCCUAUUGCAAAGAAUAAAUGAUUCUUUUUCAACUUUAAUUUUUAUUUAAAGAAAUGUCAGGUGAUCCCCGCUUAGAAAAAUAGCUCUGUCCUAUAAUCUGCCCCAAAAGUAGGUAGCAACAUUUUUGUAUUUCUGAUAUAAAAGUAGACUAAAGAACAUAUCAAAAACUAAUCUCACAUUACAUUUCCAUUCGUGUAGUGGAAGCAUUGGCUUUUGAGCAUGACUAAAGAGCACACUAGAUCUUUGGCCAUUCCCAUGCCUAUGUAUAGAUUUCUGCUGAUUAAAAUAAUUCUAUUGUUAUGGUAAGUCAGCUGUUGUUGCAAAGCUAACAAUGUCACUUCAUCUCUGUAUUUAAAAUCGGGCUUUGAUGUAAAUACUCCUGGAACACCUCAGCAGCUAGUAAAUUACAAAGAACAGGUCUCUUCUUUCUUAAAAGAAUACACUGGUAGAUAAAUUAGUUUGGGGAAAAUAUCAAUGGGCACAAUGUUUCUGGAAACAUCCAAUUACUGAAGUGUGAACUCUUGCUGAGAAACUAGAAGGUUGUUCCUUUUUCAGUGUAUUGAAAGCAAUGUAGGAAAAGUUAAUGGACUUGUGGAAGUUGUGUUUUAGCUUCUGAAUACUGCCCUGCAAGUUAAAUACUGUGGCGGAACCUUAAGAGAGCUGUACAUAAACAAAUACCAGCAUUCCUCACGAAAUUUAAAACUAACAUAUCAGGAACACAAAUUAAAAAGGAAAAUUCUAUCGACCAUGUACUCUCUUCUGGUAGAAGCAAACUCCCAGGCCAUACCGCACUUUGCCAUGAGGUGGAUCUUUAAUAUUGAUUGGUGUGAAGAAAAUAGACUUUUAUUUGACAUUUUCUUCUUUGUUCUGUAUUUUCCCUGUUUAUUACAUGUAUAUUGCAUGUAAUGGUUCGGUAGUUUGAAACUACCGAACACCGACCCCCCUCCUGGCUCAUUAACUACAAAGGGAACCAUCAAUUAAGUGCUUCCUGGGCAGCCGCUGUUCGUAUAGCCGAACGCCACGUGGAAUAGAAGACGGCGGCCAUCUUGUUCGCACUAGGGGAGUCAGCGGGACUUGGUCGUCGAGUGUCUGGAACUAAAAUCCGACACUCGACCUCCCGAACCAUCGCUGAAACUACCGAACGCCGGCUUUCUUUACUUCCCGAACAGCCAGGAGAGCGCCAUUCGGUAGUUCUGUGCGAACGGACAAGGGGAGCAAUCGCUCCUAUGAGCCAAGAAGAUCCAUUCGGGACUUUGUUCGGUUUUGUACCUGUUUCUGAAUUGACCGACCGCACACGCUGAAUUCAUGGAACUGUUUUGGGCAGGAGCCGCGUGUGUGGUCGGUAAAAGAUACCCUCCAUACUUUUUAAGAACCCCUGAACCGAUCUGGGUGAAAUUUGGAUAUGUUUGUCCCCCAGAUCGGGGCUAUCAGGGGAUUUGUAAUUUGUGGGGAUAUCUUGUGGGGAAAGGGGUGUUCUAAGUUUUGGGGAAAUUGUGUGCUCUCUGCCUGGAGAUAAUUGGUUAAUCCCUUAACUUAUCUCAAUAUCUCCCAGGCAGAGGGAAGGCGUGUAUUACUGUAAAUCUGUACGUUGAUUGGCUGUUGUCUUUGUUUGCUGUGGGAGGUCCUCUUGCAGGAGGUUUUCUCAUAAAAGCCUGUGUGUUGUCAAUAAAAUUCAUUCCUGUUACACCCUUCACGAAGUCUAGGCUCAUGUUUGGGGUGUAUUCUAUUUGCUGGGAAGAAUCAUCUUGGAACUGCAUUCAUCUAUCCUAUUCCUCUACUCCCUGCUGCAGCUAUAAUCACUUAUGCUCAGCUGUUGGGAAAAGGAACAGAAGACUGCAGCACCAUAACCACUGCAGGUCUUAACAAUUGGGCCCUGGGCAUUAGAUAGGGCCCCCUGUCCCCCACUCCACAACCCCUCUCCCUGACAAUCCUGCUCUCCACUUCCUAACGCAGUAGCUGAACCAUUUUGAAUGGAAGCAUGUUUUUGUAUGGAGUAUGUUUGUGUAAAUGUAGGAGUGCGUUUAUAUGUGUAUUGGUGUUUGAAUGCAAGCAUGCAUCUAUGUGUAGUUUUUUUUUUUUUAAUGCUGGGGUGUGUUUAUACAUAUUUUUGGUGUUUAACACAAAGGUGUGUUUUGUAUGUAUUGUUGACGUUUCAGUGCAGGACUGUGUUUGUAUGUAGUGUUGAAGUUUGAAUGCAGGGGUGUACUUGUGUGUAGUGUUGGCGAUUUGAAUGAUGAGAUGUAUACACAUUUACACAUACACUGCCACACACACACUGUGAUACACAUACACACAGGAACACAUGCAGAUACAGAUGUAAAUACUGACACCGACACUAACACACAUGUAGAUACAGACUGACAAAUACACACAUCAACACAUACAGACACACAGAUACACAACUUGACACACAUACAGAGACAUUUAUACAAACGCUGACACAUAUGGAUACUCAGACACACUGAUGCAUAUGCUGACACACAUGCAGAUACACAGAUAAAAACACUGACUAUAUACAGAUGCAGAUACACACAGUGACAACACACAGAUAAACACAUACAGACACGCAGAUACACAACCUGACACACAUGCAGAUACAGAUACACACAGACCACAUAGAGAAACAUAGAUAUACUAGAUACAGAUAUACACACUGACACACACAGAUAUACAUACUGACAACAUAGAGAUACACACUGACAUAGUGACACACACUGACAGAUGCAUACACACUGACAGACAUACUGACACACACAUAGACAUACUAAGACACACACUGACAUACUGAUAAACAGACAGACAUACUGACACCCUGACAGACAUGCUCACACACAUACAUACUGACACACAGGCACCCUGACAGACAUAAUGACACACACACAAACAUACACUCACAUACUGAUAAACACAGACAGACAUACUGCCAUACUGACAGACAUACUGACACACACAGAAAUGGUGACACAUACCACACACACACACACACAGACACCCUGACAGACAUAUUCACACACAUACUAAGACACACACAGACAUACACACACAAAUACUGACAUACACACACAUGCAAAGUUUAAAUUUUUUAAGCUACCCUCCAUCCCUACCUAAUGGGUUCAGGAGGGUGGCUUCCCUGGGGUCCAGUGACAGGCUUAGGUAGUUGGGAGUGUGAGGCUCUGAAAGCCCCCUUCUGACGGCCUCCUCCUCCUUCUUCCUGCGCGGCUUCACUCUAUCUGGGAGGCAGCUACUCACUCCCAGCCUGCUGCCAUAAAACAAGGGGACCCAAUUGCGCUUUUAAGGGGCCACAGUGCCCGACCGGACCUUCUUAGCGUGGCCUAUGGGGCAAAUAAAACAUGUUUUUGCAGACAGCGGGGCCAAUGGGGUAGCUGCUUUGGGCCCCCCAGGAGUAACUGGGCCCGGGGCAGUUGCCCCGUUUGCCCCGCUUUAAAGACAGCCCUGAGGUGGAUGGAGGAAUUGCAGGUGGAGAUCACUCUGGGUCAGUGGAAAGCAAUUCUCCUAAAAGCACACACAUCUUCUACUAACUUAGGCACACAAGAAAGCAACUACAAAAGCAUUAUGCGAUGGCACUACACACCCGCGAAAAUUCAUAACAUUCACGAUAACGCCCCAGACGAGUGCUGGAGAUGUCACCAACAUAAUGCUCACAUGACACAUAUAUGGUGGAAAUGCCCAGAGAUCUAAAGGUUCUGGAAACGUAUUCAUACAAUGAUCCAGAUGAUCUCCUCCUCAAAAAUCCCUUUCUCUCCUGAAUAUAUCUUACUCUUAGCGCCCAUCCCAAAUAUCAAGGCCAAUACAGCCAAAUUGGUAGCCCACCUACUGACAGCAACGAACCAGCUUAUCCCUGUUCUGUGGAAACAGGUAAAAGUACCCACAAUCCAGGAAUGGAUACAUAGGGUUGAAUUUGUAAGACAAACGGAGAUCACUUUCUCGAUUAGUAAGAGAUACUCCAAGUACGCUCAAUCAUGGGACCCAUGGCGUAACUUUAUCCAAAUGCAAACAACUCCCCAAGAUACUUAUCCCAGAACCUGGGAAAUGCAGGAUAUUAGGCUGGCUUAGUAUAAGUGUCCAGUGGACGAGAUGUCCCACAUACCCAAAAGCAGUAAGAACGGGUGAUAAGGUUAGCAAGUAGAGUUCUGGGAAACUCCAGAGGCUAUCCAACACCAGUCCGGAGGUGACUGAGAGUACUUGUAAAACCCUGGUCCCCUAUUAUCCUUGUCAGACAAUCUAUCACCCGGUACAGUGAUCAUACUGGCCCACUGGCAAUAAUUGCAAGACCGAUAUUAGACCCGUACCAUGACCCGACCUACACGAGCAGAGGCACAUAUAGGUCACAAGUUAUCUUAUACCUCACAAGGAAUGCCACGAAUAUGGCAGCCCAAAUUAACACUACAUUUGUAGAUAGCGCCCCCACGGCUAGGAAGCCCAUGCACAUAAGCCAAGGUAGCCUAAACACAGGCACAGGACUAUGCUGCUAAGAUGGGCCCAAGUAAGCAAGAUAUAUCAUGACAACCACAGAAGCAAAUGCAUACAUAUAUGGCUUAUAGUGUAAUAAUGAUAAAUUUGAUGUCACACAUUGUGAACCAAACUAUAUAUUUUCCCUCUGAACCCCCCACCUAUCGCAUUUCAUCUUACUGUAUCGUUUUAAGAAAAAUAAAAUGAUUAAAAAAAAAAAAUACCAGCAAACCUCAAUGAACUGGAGCAACAUUGCAAAAAAGACACAAUUUGAGAGACUGAUAAAGUCAUAGAGAAAAUGAUUAAUUUAAGUUAUUGCUGCUAAAGGUUGUUCUACAAGCUAUUGAAUCAUCCGGCGUACUCCGUUUUUCACACAUGGCUUCUCCUUGUUUUUUUAAUUUUGUUAAUAAAUCAUGACACAGUGUAAUAUAUCGUGUGUUGUUGAUCUGAGGUUGUAUUUACCUUUUAAGAGCAGUUAAGGAACAGAUGAUUGUUAUUAUGGUUGAACUUUCAAGGUUGUUCUUUCUCUUUCCUGUGACUGUAUAUAUCAAGUACAUGUGUAGAUUAUUAUAACUUCAUGUUCCAGAUCACGCUUGGCAUUUACUACUACUUGGCCUAAUUUGUUUUCCCAUUCUUUAUUUAAUAUCAGACAGUGGGUGAUACUAAAUUAAAUUAAACCGGCCUUCUCUAACAUCAGGAUAGGGUGCAAUAAUUAGCUUGUAACACUAUUAAUCAGUACACAAUCUAUCACUUGUCGUAAACACAAUGGGCUAUGUCCCAGUGGCAGUGGUGUAUCCUGGUUUUGUGCUGCUCUAUGCAGAAUCUCCAAGGAUUUGGGGAAGGAUAUUCAUUUUGAGUGUAUUCUGCCCAAACAUGAGAUCAGUUUAUGCCAUCUAUCAUUGCUACUUGGCCUUAUUUGUACUUUUUAGAAAUCUUUCUGUGAAACAUUGAAAACUAAUCAUGCUAUAUAUUGGUUAUUACCCACACAUAGAUGGUCAAACUGAAAGACCUAAUCCAAGUUUGACAUUAACUUUACACAUUUUUACCAUUCGUCAUUCUCAUGCCAAGAAUUCUGUUGCCAAGGGUAAUUCGUUUAUCCUUUUUAAAAAGUGCAGAGGGCACAUGUGGAAGUAAAACAUUGCAAGCUGCAAGCAAGCAGUACAUGUCAUAAGCAUAUCAUAUGUUGGAUCUACAAUAAAGAUUACUCAUGGUAAUAACAACGAGCAUCCACUAACAGCAGAACAAGGAAAGGCCUGAAAAAUAGAGGUGUCUGUGUUUUCUAUAUAUGCUUCUAAUUGAUUGCUGCCUAUCCUUACACAGAUUCUCAGAAACCUGGUCGAUGAUGGGUUUCACCAUAGCAAAGUUGGAGUGAGUGACCUGGGCAGACUGCAUGCUUUCCACUUAGGCAAGGAGUGAGGGGGGAACAAGAAAAUGAAAUAUCUAUAAAUAAAAAUAACUGAUAACCAUUUGAUGUUGUCUUUUUUCUAAAAUCUUAUUUCAGCCCCCAAAAAAGCCAGCGAGGGCACUGUGCAGACUGAGCUCCGCAGGGCGGGGAAAGGCUUAUAAAGCCUUCCUACGCCUUGCAAUUUGACUUAGAGCACUCUGAUUGGUUGAUUUCAAGCCAACCAAUCAGAGUGCUCUGACAGGUAAAUGAAGAGACAGACAGGUAAGUCUCUACAUUUACCUGUCACAGCACUCAGAUUGGCUUGAAAUACAACCAAUCAGAGUGCUCUGUGUCAUUUUACACAGCGUGGGAAAGUUCUUUGGAAUUUUUGCAUGCUGUGUAAUUUGACUCAAACUUGUGAUUGGUUGCUUUUCAAAUUUCUAAAAAGCAAAAGCAUGUGGGCUAUACUAAAUAAUAAUUUUAAAAAAGCCAAUUUCAAUAAGAUCAGGGCAGCUCUACAACAUAUCGAUUGGCAUAAACUCCUUAGUGAAAAAAACCACUGAGAAUAAAUGGAAGCUCUUCAAACAAAUAUUAUAAAUGUACAUUUCUCAGUAUGUACCAUUGGGUAAAAAAUAUAAAAGAAACAAAUUGAAACCAAUAUGGCUUAGUAGAGAAGCAAAACAAGGGAUUAAUAAUAAGAAAAUAGCAUUUAAAGCAUUCAAAUCAGAGGCAUCCUAUAUAAGAUAUAAGGAAGCCAAUAAUGCUUGCAAAAAGGCAAUUAAAGUGACUAAACUAGAAAAUGAGAAAUGGAUAGCCAAAGAAUGCAAAACCGCCCCCCAAAUUUUUUUCAAGUACAUCAAUUCUAAAAAAAAAACAAAAAAUGAAAGUGUAGGUACACUGGAAACAGAGAUGGGUCUGUUAAUGAAGACCAGGAAAAGGCAGAAAUUUUAAAUAACUUUUCUUCAGUGUAUAUUAAUGAGGAUCCCAUGGCAAGAUAUAUGCAAAUGAUUGCUGCAAAAAACUUGCAGAUAAUUUGUGAUUGGUUGAAUCGAGACAAGGUGCUACAGCAGUUAAAGAAAAUUAAUGUAAAUAAUGCUCUGGGGCCUGACUGUAUUCACCCAGAAGUCUUAAUCUUUCAAGAUUCUUUUAUUUCAGGUAUUGUACCGGAGGAUUGGAGGAAGGCAGGUGUCGUUCCUAUAUUUAAAAAGGGUUUAAAAUCCUUGCCUGGAAAUUAUAGACCUGUGAGCUUAACUUCUGUGACUGGGAAGAUAUUUGAAGGGCUAUUAAGGGAUAAUAUUCAGGAAUUAAUUUGAAAGAACUUUAUUUGCAAUAAUCAGCAUGCUUUUGUCUAAAUGACAGGACGUUAGGUAAUACGGACAGGAAGCAUGCGAGAUCACGGAGGCAAGGUAAGACUUGUGGGAAAAUUUCUCUGACCACAGGAAACGGAGCACACUUUGCUCCUCUGCUGGUCAGAGAUGGUCAGGUGUAGGAAACCUUCAUAAGACAAAAUAGCCCCUACUUUAUGUUUUAAAGAAAACUAGAGCAGACAGGAAGAAAUGAAGAACAGAUCCGGACAGAGGGAGAGAAGAGGAAUCGAUUGGGGAAAGGUAAGUUCGGCAUGACAGUAUCGCUUUAAUAACAGGUCCAUAGGUUAUUGACACUUGCAGAAGCCUAGUUGUAUCAGUUUUGCCUCCAGCCUGAGGCUUGUCCUGCAGACCAUAUUCUUAUAUGAAAUUUGGAUAAAACCUUGUGAACAACCUCUAAAUGGCUCACAGAGGAUAUAGAAAUAGGACAUUAAGGCACCUAGACAAGUUUACUUUAUUCUGAAAAUAAUACCAUAACUUAAUUCGAUUUACAUGGUACUCACAGAUGCUUUGCUCAUGAACAAUUCUACAUUUUAUAAAUACCAUGCAUUCAGAAAGUAUCUAGGCCACCACAUUUUUCAAAUUUUUUUAAAAGUUAAAAUUUCUGCCUCAUGCUACAAUAGCCUAAAUUUGUAUUUUUUUCAUAUCAAUCUACAGUCAGUGCCCCAUAAUGACAAAGCAAAAAACAGAUAUUUGAAAACUUUGCACAUAUGUUAAAAAGAAAAAACUGAAAUAUCACAUUGAUGGCCACAGCCAUCAGGGAACACCAUUCCAUGAAUGGGUGUAUGUGGUCUGCAUAAAUCUCUAGGUAGGUGGUACUUGUCAAAGUAACAUCCAUAUGAAUGGCAGGACCCAAUGUUUCCCAGCAAAACAUUUCCCAGAAGAUAACACUGCCUCUGAAGGCCUGCCUUCUUCCCAUAGUGCAUUCUGCUGCCAUCUCUUCCCCGUGUAAAGGACGCACUUGGUCAUCCACCUGAUCUUAAUAAAACGUAAGUCAUCAGACCAGCAACCUUCUUCCGUUGCUCCAUGGUCCACUUUUAAAGUCACAUCCCAAUUGAAGUUGUUUUUGGUAUUGGACAGAGGUCAUCAUGGGCACUUUGACCAGUCAUGGCUACACAGCCCCAUAUGUAGCAAACUGUGAUUUUCUGUGUGUUUUGACACUACAAAAGAUGAGUGAAUAAGGUGGCGCAAAAUCAAUUAAAGAGUGCACGUAUUCCAACCCUUGUAAAAAUUCCCAAUUGAUACGUGCUGCAAUGAUACAGAAGCAUGGUAAAAAAAAUCCACAAUAACAAACAGUAAUAAAUGGUGCGCAUAAAUAAAUGAAAAAUUAUACACCACAAAAUUCCAUUGAAAAAUGUCGACAAAUUCCUUAAAAGCAAUGAAUCUAUAUCAUGCAUAUAAAUAUAAAAAUAAAUAAUUUCAAGAAAAAAAUGCAAAAGUGACAACAAUAUCUCUCAGGCAUCUAUAAUUGCAGCAAUCAAAACAUUUCAGUGCAAAAAACAAUUCAUGUGCAAAAAAUCACCAUAAAAUGUGUACAAGUAAUUUUACAGCAACGAAGGAGCACAUCCAAUAUACGCACAAUUUCCCUUAUGUUGAUCCCGUGGAUCUAUAAAUACAAAUUAGAAAAACUCCCAGUGCAACACUGUUAAAUAGAUAGCGUAAGCUGUCAGCUAAUGUUGUGGCUGAUCAGUGUACAUAGUACCAUUUUUUUGACUGCAAUAUUUACAUUGCAGGGUUAAACACACACUGCUAGUGGCUGUCUUCCUGGCGGCCACUAGAGGUGCUUAAACGCAGCUUAUGGGAAAACAUUUAAUUCACAGGUAAUAGAUGUUAACAUUAGUAGUGAAUAAUUGUCUACAAAUACCUUUAAAAGCCGAUGAUGUGAAAACUGUUUGUGUUGUCUGUGAAAACAAUCACAACGUUAUAAGGGUGCUGAGCUUCCUGUGUGCACAUGUGUAAACAUUUAGCAUGUGAACAGGAGGGUUUUUAAAUGUUUUCCUGUAAAUGUUGACAGUGCUGUGAUUUAGGGUUAAUUAUGAAGGUUUCUUCAUACCCGUUAAAAGCACGGGUGUUCAAAGUGUAUUCACAAAGUGCUGUAACUUCAUACCCACCUCAGUCUUGCUCUUACAGCUGUUUUACAAAGGUCUCCGCAAAUAAUGGUGAAAGCGCUAUUAUGCGUUUAUUGGAGAGGGCAGUGUUUCACUAAGAAUCAUUGACAGACUGCUGAAAUCCAUUAACUCAAUUAUCUGUUGUGGUGAAGUAUUUGAAUGUUCAGAUCAAGGCAGUUUAGAUGCUGCAUUGAAUGCUACUUUCGAAGUCCUCUUUUGGCACUCUAAUGACAAACAUCAUGGAACAUCAAAUGGGUAAUCAAUCAUAAAACAUUAUAGUCUUUGUGAAUCUUGUUAAUGCAGAACUGCCUUUGAUCACAUUUAUGGACUAUAAACAUUGCUCAGUUUUCAGUUUGGGAGGAUCUAAAAUUAGUUUGAAUCAAAAUGUCACUAGUGUAAACUGUAACAAAAUAUUGGAUCACCAUGUAAACCAAUGAAAACAGAAAUAGUCCAUUAGUUUCUAUGGUGAUUUCUCUACUUUUAUAACUGUGGUUCACUUUUUAUUUUAAAAAGGAAUUGACCUCUUUGUCUUCUGAAUGGAUAAUUAUUGCUUUAACACUUUUCCCAAAGCAGUCUUGCCAAAACCCUUUAAGCGUUUUGAUUUAUUUCUCAUUUUAUAUUAUUUUAAUAACAAGGUGCGCAACAGAUGUAUACUUAUGUGAAAGGAAUAUAUUGAGGAUAAAUCAAACCAGGUGUUGAAGCUCCUUUUAGUAAAGGGACACAGUUGUGUUUUUUGAGGAAAUGGUGAUUGUUUAUUUGGCAGGCUACUGUUUGGACAAAAUUGCAUUUCACACUUACAAAUUGAUUCUUGAGUAGCUUACACUACUUUGUUUGGUGUCCAGAAGAUUAAAGAGCGUUAUUACUGUUGAUGAUGUAUAAGGAGAACUGCUAUUUUCUCACAGAAGGAUAGUUUAGGAAGAAUAACAAGGAUGUGAUGGACUGGUUAUGUACGCGUGAAAACCAAACUAAUAUUGCUCAUUGAUCUUUUGCAGUUUUGUGUCUUAACACACCGUGGUAAUUAACAAAAAAAAAAAAAAAAAAAGUUUGAAAAAGCCCAAGAAUUCUGAAUAUUGUGAAGAAAGGUUUUGGAGUAAUAUUGUAACUUUUAUAGUUUAUAUAGAGUUGCACUUCAUUGCCUUUAAAGUAUUUUUUUGCAGACUUGAUUUCAUUCUAUUGAUUUACCUAUUAACAAUAUUCAAAUGUAGCUUUGUUAAAUUUGUCUGAAAGCCACCACAACUAAAACUUGUAACAUUUGUAGCUCAUAAGAGCUUAACAAUAUUAACUAAAACAGACGCAUGGCAAGCUAUUCUAGAAAUGUAUUUAAUAUUGUAUUCUGCUUUUCAAAAUUUUUUUAGGAAGAGCAUUUAUAUGGAAAUAUUGAAUAAAAAAAAGCUAUAAGGAACAAAAUAAUAUGAAGUAGAACUGAAUUUUUUUAUGAGCUCCUAAACGGAGAAAUAUAAAAAAUCUCCAGUCCAAUAAUUACUUAAAGCUGGUAACGGAGAGCGUUUGUCAGAUAGUAUAGUGCAAUUUCCAAGGAGAAACAGACCUUUCCUGGUUUUUAAUGUAGAACAAAUAUAUAUAUAUUAAACAUUUUUACACUAGUAAUUAUAUAUAUAUAUAAAACACACUAUAUGGACAAAAGUAUUAAGACCCUUGACCAUUACACCAACAGGUACUUUUAUGACAUUGCAUAGACAUUGAUAUGAAGUUGGUCCCCCUUUGCAGCUAUAACAACUUCAACCCAUCUGGGAAGGCUUUCCACAAGAUUUUGGAGCAUUUCUCUGAGAAUUUUUGCUCAUUCAUCCAGUAAAGCAAUUGUUAGGUCAGGCACUAAUGUUGGACUAGAAAGUCUGGCUCGCAAUCUCUGUUCCAGUACAUCUCAAAAGUGUAUUAUGGGAUUGAGCUCAGGACUCUCUGUGGGCCAGUCAAGUUCUUCCACACCAAACUCAUCCAACCAUGUUUUUAUGGACCUUGCUUUGUGCACUGGAGCACAGUCAUGCAUGGCUAGGUGCUUGAUUGUAAACACCUGUGGAAUGGGUGUAAUUGAAACAAUCUACUAAUACUUUUGUCCAUAUAGUGUAUAUACAUUCAUACAGGAAAUACAAAUUUCCACUCGCUAUUGGUGAGUGGAAAUGUAGCCCUGGAGCGUUGCAAUUCAUUCCUGGUAGGUAUAUAUUAUGACUUGCAUUGGUGAAUGACUAUUAAAGCCCGGCUAGUAGCAUAAAACAUCAAAUUUUAAGUACUUUUGAUGUAUGGGUCUGUAUAUAAAUAUAGGUAGAUAUAUAAGAUAUAUUACUUUGAGGAAAGCAAACCGAUAACCUGACCACUACUCAGCUGUGCUUGCCAGGUUCUGAGCUAUUCUUUCCACAGGUUUAUUAGUUUUACAGGGUUAUUCAGUAGAGUGAAAAAUCUAAUAAAAUUUCAAAUGAAGUCCAAAGUAGCUUAACUGAAAGCAUUGACUGACUUAGAGAUUUAUUUUUUGAGUUUAGCUAUUUUGACCUUAAAUUUGAAUCACUUUGAAUUCUCACAUUAGUGAAUAACUUUGCUAACUUCCCUAUUAAGCUUUUUGCUCAGGUUAUGGUGGAACAAUUAUCAUUGCAGCUUAUGUGAUCACUGACCUACCCUGCUCUGUGACCGUGCUCCUUCCACUUGCCUGUAAAAUGCCUUCAAUCAGUGAGCACUGCAGAGGAAAUUUUACUGAUCUAUCCAAUCAGCCCAAAGAGUUUCAGAUACCCAUAAACACUUUUUCUGAUGAUAACUAAUUUUCUUAUCACUUUGGUUAGACUGGGCAUUGUCAUCACAUCACAUGGAUUGAAAGUAAUAUUAGGGACAUCUGUGGUUGGGUGGACCUAUAUGCUUAGAUUCACAUGUUCGAGCAGUAUCACUUCCUCCAUUCAAAGAUAAAGUGUGAGAUUAUACAUACUAGGAGUGAUGCAGAUGGUAAUUCUAUACUUAUUCUAUUGGAUUUUUUAACUGUGGAGAAUUUGUAUAUUUGUUUUUAUUUUUGAAGCUCUUUACAGAGAAUGUGUUAUCUAUAUUUAAUAUCCACUGAAAUAAAUGAUUUGUCUUCACAGAGUAUUGUCACAGUCACAUUUGAAAUUGAUGGAAAUGUGAAUGAGGAAAAAUUAAACUUAUUCAUUCAGGUAACAUGGGAUAUAUUUAUUUUAUGUAGGGUGCCUUCCUCUUGUACUUUUCAUGUGAGUUCUAAAUAAUAUAUUUACUGCUUUUUAGGAUCUGCUUUGGGAAAAAAAUAUAAAAGACAGUAGUGGCAACACCAUGGAGGUCAUACGAUUAAAGGUAUAGUAUAAAAACAUGUUAUAAAUUGCUGUCUGUUCAGCAUUCCAUAACCGGCUUUGAAUAAGGGAUCUAUGAUGGUUAUGUGUGAACAGCAGAUCUAAUAUUGUUUUAAAAGCAAAGCAAUUGCUGUAGAAACAAACAGAAUGUUCCUGUUGAUUGCUGAACUUGAAAUGAUCACUUUGGGCACCAACUUAAUUGGAAAGAAAUUGAUACGAUGCAAGGAGGUCCACGGGGAACCGGCUUAUCUCAAAGGAUUAAACCAUUUACAAAGUGUUGAGUCCGGUGCCUCGCUGCUUUGCCCACGAACAUCUGCUGUAGUCUGAGGCUUGAAUCGGAAAGCCUUGGAUAGGGGCACCGUUGAUAGAUUUAGAGCAUCAGCUGACUCUCUAAGUCUUUCGAUAUCUCCCCAAGUUCUCAAGCUGUUCAGUGAAUGGGGUACUUUUGAUAGCAUCAGCUGAUGGUCUCAGCCUAUUAGUGGAGCUUCUAUCUGAGGCAUCCUGAAUGACUGUGUUGGAUGUUCGUGGGCAGAGUGAUCGGGCAGCAGAUGCAACACAUUGUGGUUAAACAAUUUAUUAAUGGGACCUCAUCACACCAUAACAACUUAAUUCCAUUGAAGUUAUGGUGCCCAGAGUUUCCAUUUAAAGGGACACUAUAGGCACUCAUUGAAGUGGUAUGGGUGAAGUUCCCCUGUCCCUUUAACCCUGCAAUGUAAGACUUUGCAUUUUCAGAGAAACUGCUAUAUUUAUGUUCACGGUUAAGACAACCUCUAGUGUCUUCCAGACAGCCAUUAGAGUUGCUUUCUGGCUUCUAACAGAGUUUUAACUCUGUAAAACGAUGUUGGGCGUCCUCAUCUUUUGCAUGAGGAUUUUCAGCGUCUUCAAAUUCCCACUAGGUAAACGUUGAUUCAGUGCUUGCCUAGUGGGAAGGUCUAAUGUAUGCAUGCCCAUUACGUCUUCCGUUGGUGUGAUGUCGCGGGUGAAGGACACUGAGCCAGAACCUUGGAACCAUGGUGCUGGAGUUAAGGUAAGUGCAAAGGGUUUUUCACUCUUUCAUGCUUUUGUUGGGGGUAGUUAGGAACAAGGGCAUACUAUAUAUAGCAUGAGGAAUACAGGUUUUUUUUUUUUUAUUAUUCCUAAUGCUAUAGUGUUCCCAUCCCAUUGUACAACAUUUUGUACAUUUCUGUCUUCUUUAUGCUCUCUCCAACAGGGAUUGGUCUCUGUCAAAGAUAAAGCUCAUCAAGUGAUUGUACAAGGUGUUCAUGAGUUAUAUGACCUUGAGGAAACACCAGUGAGCUGGCAAGAGGACUCUCAAAGACUGAACCGAAUGGUGUUUAUAGGUAAAAUUCUGCAUAGCCAUGCUUAAAGAUGACGAGGGUCCAUCAUUAAGGUUCACAGUAUACAACCAAAUCUGACAUAUAUGAUUACAUUUUAUUCUGACUUUUUAAGUUACGAGUGUCAAAAAAAAAAAAAAAUGCUAAAUGUAAUACUGAAUAUUUGAUUACAUUGUAUUAUCCAGAAACCUUUCAAAAUUUUAUCUGUAAAAUAUAGUAUUUUUUUUGUAAUGUUUUUAUUCAAGAAUAUCUUGAAUAUAUCUUGAUUUCUCCCUUGCUGGUUGAGGUUUGUCAAUGUUUCACGAAUGCCAGCAUCAUGUAUUCUUUCUUAUUACCAAUGCGGGAAUGAUGGUUAGAAAAAAUAUAUAUAUUUAAAGGCACUUUAGUUGUUAGAUUUGUCAUCAUAAGUUUAUUUUAUCUGUAACAAACUAAUCAGGUUCCCUCUAUAGAAUGUAUAGGUUUUUGGUCUUAAUUCUACAACAGCGUGUGAAGUAGAUUUUUCUUUAGUAGAUUGAAUUCAUGGUGCCAUAGUUACAUUGCUGGUCGUCAGUAUGACAGCUCUGCAUAAAUAAUUAUAGGCUGUAGAACAGGUCUGUAAAAAUAAAAUAAUUGUGUAUUGCGCUAGAACUUACAAGUGAAAUAUGUAAAUCAUUCCCAGUUUCAUAAUUUCUUACUUUGAGUUUAGAACAAAGCACUAUAUACACAUUUAUAGCUGCAUGUUACAGUCAAAAUUAUUUACACAUCACCAACAUAUUUAGCUGCACAAGAGGUAAAGAAGACAAACAUUUCAUCCUAACAAAACACACAUAUAUAUAUAUAUAUUCUACUUGCUGAUUCACAUAUUAGAGUUGUAAGAUAUUUGUAAUUAUUUGUAAUCUUGACAAAUGUACUUAAUAAUUUUUAAGUCCUGUAUAUUUCAGAUUUUCACCUGUGAGAUUAAAAUGUGUCCUUUUUGAUUCCCAGGUAGACACUUGGAUAAGGAUAUCCUGAGAGAGCUCUUCUUAGCAACAGUAAAUGUGUGAAUGUUUCACAAGCAUGCCACCCCUGGAUUGAAUAAACGGAUUACUGGCAAUAAAAUAAUGGAUGUAGUUCUUCAUCCCUCAGUCAUGUUUCAUGAAUACACUUGAUCUUUGUUAUUGUGUAAAUAAAUUACAAUUAAAUAAACAGGUUAUUGUUUAUGCCUUAGAAUCUCAGAAAGAUUGCUUUGUCAACAAAGUUCAACUAUGACAACAUUUGUAGGGGGGACUUGUAUACACCCAAUGGAUGUGAAAUGACAUAUGUACAGAAUGUUAAAGGGACAAUCUAAAGCACCAAAACAGAGGUUUUUUUAAAAAACACAUUUAUUUUAGUUUAAAGACACGUAACUAUGAGUUUUAUUGCUUUGGAGCUCUGUUAUAUACUUAGACACACAAACAAUAUUGAGCUCCUAGAACAGAAGAAUUUGGGCCCAAAUUCUCCCUCCUAAAUAAAUAGAAAUAAAAGUGAUUUAACUUCUAAAUGGCAGAGCGACUACAAGAGCAUGAUCUCUACACUAAAACUGCUUCAUUAAGCUAAAGUUAUUUUAGUUAUUAUAUUAUACUUUUUAAAGAGUGCAAGAAAUACAGCCAACUAGCUAACAUCUAGCUUUAAUAGCUUUCACUGGUUGUCUUAGUGCUGCUGAGUAGAGAACAAGUCUGAAAUUAUUUUGGAUAUAACAUUAGGUGGAUACUACCAAUGUUCCAGCCAGAUUUAGGUUUGUGAGCAGUUUUCAUAUAAUGUGGUGUUUGCACGCUUUUUAAAAUUUGUGGUAUUAUAUGUAUUGCUCACAAUUUAGGUUUGAGUGAAUUACUUAAAAAAUGAAAGCAAUUUACAAUUAUUUUCUUGAAAAGCGCAUUGUAUGUGGCUUAACUGUGAGAAAUAAAUUGGCAAAAAUCUAUAAAAUGCCAUAUAUGUAUUUUCUGCAAUAAAGUUAACAUAUACCGGGUUAUCCACUAGAAUGAGAAUUUAAUGAUUUCUAUGUGAAUUCCAAAUUUAAGGUUAAAAUAGCCAAACUGGAAAAUUUGUCUAAAUUUGAAAUUCAAAUGAAAUACUCACAUUAGAAUAAAUCUGCAGUGUAUGAUGAUAUUGUUAGUAAGAUUUACUUUUUUUUAAAAAUUUUGCUGC